AUGGGCGUAGCCGAGGAUUUUGCUCCAAGCUUCACGCAGAAGCCACAACUGCGACAAGAAGACGAAGGCAACCGUUUGAUAUUCGAAUGCCGUCUGUUGGGAUGCCCCAAACCAGAAAUUACGUGGUUCCGGAGCGAUACUCAACUAGCCGAGGAUCACAGGACCGUGAUGAAAAUCCAGGCGAUCGCGACAAACACAUACGUCGUGAUUCUCGAACUGGACGAUGUAGUCGAAACGGACGCCGGUCUCUAUAAGGUUAAGGCCAAAAAUAAAAUGGGCGAAGUGGCGGCGUCUAUCAAUUUAAAUUUCAGCCGUGAGUACCUUUAUAUAACAUUUUUUCAAUAGAUAAAUCGUUAGCUUCAUUUAGGGCUGAGGUAGAUUUAACCGAAAGAUAUCGAUUUUUUAUAAAUGUUGGUACAGAGUGCUGCAUUUUGUUUGUUCUUGUCAAGAACAUUUUUUCAAAUUAUUUUCCGAACAUUAUUAUUGAAUAUUUCUUUUUAAAAUAUUAUUAAAAAACUACUUUAAUAAUACAAAUAGACUACAUCGUUUAAAUCGAUUGGUAUUUAAAUCAAAAAUCAUAUUUAAAAUAAAUGAUACAUAAACGGAGGCCAACAUGAUGGUGAAAUAUCCUUGUACGGUACGUAUAAAGUAUAAUGAAUUUGAGUUUCGGUACAAAACUAAUUAUCAGUGCAGUUUGUAAGCGGUUUAUACGAUUCGUGUUAUGUAAAACACCGAAGACUAAAAUUAAAAUGGCAUAAUUUUUAGAAGAUUACAUUCUAUGAUGUAAUCUUUGUUUAAAUUCGUUUUUGUACUACGGAGCCACAAAGGUUACCUACUGCAAAAUGUUGGCUUAGGCUACUUUUAUAAUAAAUAUGUGAAUUAUUCGCAUGAGUUCCACUGCUAGUAUAAAUAGGUAUAAGUGUUAUUUUUAAUUCGAUAAAAAGCUGCAACAUACGAAUAACGUGAAGAGAACUAAAAGUUAUUUACGGAUAGUUGGAUAGUAUAAUAAAUUACUUUUUUUUAUGAUUCUGUUUCGUACCCAAAAUAGUGAGGAAAUAAUUGACAUUUUAUUUUUUUGUACACGUUUAUGAUAUCAUUAUUUCAAGUUCAAAAAGUAAACUUGAAAGUCAACAACGAAAAUUGCGUCUUUCAAUCCAUCCAUUUUAGAUUCUGAGUGAAGAGAGGGCUGUAUUGGUUUUAUAAUGAUGUUUAUUUAUUAUUAUUUUCUAUACUAUACAUUUUUUACCAGAAAUCUUGCUACGAUUUUCAAGUGUAGUAUUUUUUUUUCAAAAGAAAUUUUAUCUUGUUGGUACUUUCAAUAUUUCAUUUUUUGUGGUUGAAAAUCAAGUAGUUUUCAUAAUAAUUUGAAAACAUUUGCGAAUUUUGUACGUAAUUUUUACUCGGUAGGUAUACUCAGUGGAUAAAAUUGUUAGACUAAAUAGAAAUGCUUGAAAAUUUAUUAAGAGGUUCAUUAUUAGUCAUUAUUUGUGGUAAAAAAAAAAAAUUGAGUGUAAUGUAGAAUUUAAGAAUUUUAAUAUCAAAUUUUAACGAGAAUCGUAAAUAUUACGGUCUUUUAAAACACGUAUAACCGAAUUCCGUUUAGAAUUGUUUUUAAAAAGCAGUGAUUAAUCGUUAUUCGUAGCGUACAGAUAUACAUUAAAUUCUUGUCUAUAUCUUAUCUUCAAACUUUUCACCUACAACUACAGUGAUCCAUCCAUCUUGCGAAGUAUGUCCGUCUUUUUUUGCUUCUUUCUACCUUAACCUAAUCUAUUUCUAUAUGUAUACAUUUAAGUGUUACGGGUACCUGCAAUAUCGAUUGUAUAAUAUUUUAAAGAAAAAAAAAAUGUGUUUCUCUUCUCGAAGUUCGUUAACAUGUAUGAUGUUGGCACUACGUCUCAGUAAAAAUAUUCUGUAGUCCAGUGAGAACAGUUGAGUGGGUUGAAUUUGGCAAUAAACUCGCAUUCUCCUAAAUAUAGAUAAAGAGUUCUGUCACCAAACGUUUCUACUAAUGAGACUUGCAUUUAAAAUUACUUUGCUAAAAAAUGUAAGAGUAUAGGUAGAUAUAGGUAUACUUACAUAUUCUCCUAACAAUAGCGUUUUUGUAUCCGAAUGUUUUAUCAUCGUUAUAAUAAAUAUGGAAUGAUUGAUACGAAUAAAUUAUCCCGAAGUUAUUAGAAUGCGUAACUAGCUGUAUGUAAAUAUAUUAUGUUCUCGAUGUGCACGAAAACGUAACAAAUUAAUGAAAUGUCCGUUUACAUACGCGGUCGUUUCAUUGGCCUAAACCUCUUACACCUCCUAUACAUACCCAUACACCGAGCAAAAUCGAUAGGUAAUAUGUAUACUGUUAUAAAAACCGUUUAUACACUAAGCGAUAUCUUCAUUGGUCGCCAUUAAAACUUAACGAAUGUUACUUAUUUAGCUUAAUGGGAAUUAACAUACUGCGGCGGUAGUAUAUAAUUAAGUGUAACAAUCAUGGAAUUUGAACGCGAACAGAUUCGCAUAAAUUUGUUUUUAUUAUUUUUCAAAUUAUUUCGUAGAUACACAAUAAUAUUAUAUUGUGUAUAAUUAUAUUGUGAACAAUUAGAAACUAAUAUUAUAUUGUACUACUAUUGGCUAGUUGUUUUUUAAGUCUUCAUCAGCCGCAUUAAGACAUCACAAUUCUAAAUAGAUUUAUAAACGAUAAAAUACAUUUUCCCGCUCAACAUUUUAAAACUAUCUCAACGUAUCUCAUAUUUGUCAAUUUUAUUAAUAUUUUAGGCCGUACAUCGUUUCCGUUAAAAUGAAAAAGGUUCGGUUUUCAUUUCCUCUAAAAUUAUUUUUACCUAUAUUAUUGUUUGAGAACCCCUACCCUUUAACCAUAAUAACGAUAAAUCUAUAACUCAGGCACGGAUCCAAAGUAAAGAUCCGGGGGACAACAAUUUUUUUACAACAAAAAUACAAUUACAAUGUCUACGGUUCUAAUUAUAGUACUAUAGUAAUUUAAUCAACCACAAUCUAUUUGUGUUUAUCCGGGACUAACUUUGGUGGCAACGUAGUGCACUCUUGUGGUGUCAACAUUUAACAAGUAUAAUUACAAAAUUACAAUAUUGGAAUCAGAGUCCACAAAUAUGUAUAAUAUAUUAUAGUUAAUUAUUAUUAUGUUACCAUACAUAUCUGUGAUUGAAAUAUUCUUGUAAUAUCAGUAUCAUUAGAGUUAUAAGAAAAAUUAUAAAAAUAAUAUCUCUGGGUGGGGGAUCUGGGUGAGGAGCCCCCUGGAUCCGUCCCUACUAUAACUAUUGCUAAAUGUGGAUAAUACAAUAUAUGCAGUUCUCUUUAUUAGAUACCUAUGCAAUAAUCGUAUUAAAAAAAAGACUUGUUAAUACAUCAAAUACACUCGAAAAAUAUAGUAUACAAUAAGAAAUUUAUUUCUUUUGAAUUUUUUUUUAAAAAAAAGUGUGAAAUAAUAAUUAUACUAAAUGUUUUUUAGAAAUAAAUUAAUUUGCGAAUUGAUGUGAUUUAUAAAACUGUUGAAAAUUGUUGACUUGAUUUGUCAUACACACUUAGUUAGACGUAGGAGUUAUGAUGAUUCGAAUAAGGAAAAAAAAAACAAAAUUUGAGUCAUUGCGAGAAUCUUCUCUUUUUUUAAUGAAACCUGGGCAACUCUGUUCUGAUGAUAAAAUAGCUCUUAAAAUAGAUCAGUUGAAAAUGAUUGAAAAUUAAUAUCAAACAUUUUUAAUUUUGGUGAAAACGAUGAUCCCCAUAUUUGACUAUAUAUAAUUGACAAUCGUAUUGUUUAUUUUGAGAUGUGGACAUGGACAAUGUUUUAGAUUCUGAGCCAAGCUAGGAAUAUAUUGGUUUAAUAUGAUAUGUUUGAUAUUUUUUUAUUUCUGACAGAAAAUCUUGUUUAGUUGAUGAAGUCGGUUUUUGAUUUUCUUUGUAAUUUUUUUAAUAACUGGGAAAAAACGUAGGAAAAACGGAAAAGUUUACUGUAAUUGUAGUUUAAUUAUUUUCGAAUUUGUUUUUAUUUUUAGAAUAUCUGAGCUACUUAUUAUAGCUAGGUAUUUUUACAUUCUCAAGUUGUUUUUUGUUAAACAGAAAUGGUUAGACAUUUUAUACAAGUUCCUUCAUAAUUUAUACUUAGCGAGAAAAUAAAGAGUUGAACGUAUUCAUGCUGUUAUUUUUCGUAAGUGUUUUACGUUUAAAUUUUGACGAAGAAUUUAACAAGAAUUUGACAAGGAAUUUAAAAACAUGUUUAACUGAAUUUUGUUUAAAAUAAUUAUUCGUUGCGUAUAAAUUAAAUAAAUGUAUAUAUUAUAGUACCUUUGCUACUGUCCGCCUACAACUGUAUCACACCCGUUAGCACUAUUUUUUUAAUAAUAAUAAUAAUAGCUAUAUCGGUUAAUCGUUAUAAAUUACAUAGUCCAGCGAAGUUGAAAAAAAAGUUGCUUGCGUUUCAGAUUUUUAUCAUCAUAUCAACAAAUUUCCACCUUAUUUAUACCUUACUAUAUUUAUAUUUAACUACGUCUCUCCAAUUUUAUAUGUACAAUACAAUACAAUACAAUCCAAUACUAUACUAUAUCGUUAAAUAUUUUUCACCGGAUCUUCGUCAAAGUUUCCAUUCCAUUGCUGCUCAAUAAUACGUUCUAUAAUACAAGCUUACGAUUUUAUGUAAGGUGUUUAGACUUCAGACAUAGAUGUAAAGUACAGUGAAACAAAAAUUACUAUAGGUAGCAAAUUAUUUGAAGUGUUUUUAUUUUAAAGAUUUACUUGAAUCAUAUGUUUAAAAUGAUUUUGUAUAGUAACACUGUUUUAGUGUUCUAUCAUCAAACACACUUAGAGCGUUGAUCAGAGAAAUAUUUUAUUUACCAUUAGAGAAAGAUUUUUAUAUGCAUUUACAUGAAAACUAUUAACUAAUUAUCAGGAAAUUCAUAAUGGACAAUUUGUCUUAACAUUAAUUAUUAAUUGUUUUUUGUUUUUGUUUUAGCGGUUGACGAACCACAUGAAAAGUAAGUUUCAAAAUAAUCAAUUGUGAUUGAACAGAUCAUAUUUUGUUUUGUUAUGCUCAUACAAACAUAUUAAAAUUCAAUAUUGUUCAUAGGCAAAUUGACGGAUUAGCCCCGACCUUUUCAAAAAAGCCAUCGAUCAAACAAGAAGACGACGGCAAGAGACUUUUGUUUGAAUGUAUUAUUCAAGCCGAUCCAAAACCGGCAAUUGCAUGGAUUCACGGUGGAAAACCAGUGAUUGAUUCUCCUAGGCAUAAGGUGAUAAAACAAUAAUUUUUCUCAGAUAACCACUUUUAAGUAUUAAAAAAACAUAAAAUGGUUAAGUUGUAGGAUUCAUAUGAUAUUAACAAUAUUUUAAGGAUUUAGUAUAGAAUUAGGUUAUAUUAUUUUCACUCUCUUUGCCCUUCAGUCACAAUAUUGCAAUUUGAAUGUAUUAUACAAUAAAGACAAAUUUUUAAUAUAAUGUCCACUCUUAAUAAUUAUAAUGACUAGGUAAUUAAUAAUAAUCAAACGAUUAUAAUUCGAUAAAUAUUAGAUUUUGAGUACAAUGAAGAAGCUAUUGGUUUUUUUGAAAAUGCUUUUUGGGCUUACCAAAUGUUUCAAUCUUUUCACGAAGUACUGCGUAAAACAUACGAAAUUCCUUCCUAAAGGUUCCUUAUUUGAAUUGUUUGUCGAGCAUUUCAGUAGUUCACCCCCCUCCCCCUAGUCCUGUAUUUUUAAAUUUAUUUCUGGAUUACCUUAACCUUGGUAACAAAGGAAAAAAUUUGACUAUUACUAAUCUGUUCAGAAUCUUUUUUCGUUUUCCGUGAUUUAACGUAGUAUACCUAUAAUAGUGGCCUAUCCGUGGUCAGUUUCAAAUUUUUUUAUAUUUAGUUUCGAUCGCGAGCUUUGUUGAUGAUGCAUUGCUAAAAAUGUAUGUAUGUUUAUUGUUAAAAAAAAAAUACUGUACUACGAGUAUUUACAAUUACUGAUGGAUACGUUAUUCGUGAGAAUAAAUAAAUCGGUUAAUAUUAUAUAAACAAAAUGGAUUUGCUUUGUUAAUAUUCUCAGUAUUAGAGAUACAUACCGGAUUCACCGCCACUUGGCCCGCGAUUUAUUUAUAAUUCUUAAUAAAAAAUAACAUUCUUCAUAAUACUUAAAUUGUAUGUACCGCCGAGUUUAAAAUCGCAUUGCACUUUUGCUAUUCGGCGCAGUGGCCAAAAGCCGUUUUACUUCCAGUGAAUCGAAUCGCCAAUAUUAUCUUAUAAGCACCGGGUGUUUGUUGUGUUAAACAUCAUACAGCAUGUACACGCAGUACUUCACCGAAGUUUGUAUUACAUAAUAUUGUUAUUAUUUUAGGUGCCUCAGAUUUAUUAUUAUAUCUGUGGGUUAGAUAAAAUCUCAAAUAGUUUACUUAAAACAAUUAUAUAUGUGGUACAGAAUAAUGUUUUUGUUAGCUACUGGUAAAACAUUUUCAAUUCAUAAAAAUAUACUUUAAGAAUUAUUAUGGAAAUUGAUAAUUUACACAUUUGACGUAUCUACCAUUCUGAGCUAUUGAUUUUCAUGGGUUUUUUUUUAAAAUUUAUUUACAGCAAUAUGUAGAUAAAGAUGGACAUUCCUAUUUAGCAACUCUAGAAAUAAGAAACGUCACUGUCGAAGAUGCUGGAAAAUAUAAAGUUACAGCGAAAAAUGAAUUGGGUGAAAGUAACGCGACAAUUAGUCUUAAUUUUGACAGUAAGUACCUCGAUUCAAUAUUAUAUUUAUUUUAUAAUAGAUUCGUAUAUACAUGUAUUUUUAAACGUUAGGUAUUUUUGAUUGAUCGUAAUAAUUUUACAUUUUGAAGGAUUUGGCUUUUUCGCUUAUUUAUCGUAGUAGAGCUAAUCAUAUUUACCCUAUAUACAUGUAAAUUAAAUUUUAAAAAAAAUAUAUUAAAUUUUAAAUUAAAUUACCUAACUCAACUUGUGAGUACAUUGAAUAAUAAUUAUUAGUACGGGCAACGCAAAAAUUUACCUACUGGCCCAAAAUAUAGUUUGAUGCAAAGCUGAGUGGUAUGAAUGAAUUUAUCAGCGAGUUAAAUUGGAAAUCACUAUGAUUUUGUAUAUAUACAAUUUAUUAGACUUGUUUUUUUUUUUUUUUGUGCGUCCGUUUGUGUGGUAUGUUGCUAUGGUAAAAGCAAAUUAUCUGUUUAUAAAACUUAUAGAAAUUACACAAUAUGUAUUAUAAUAUUCAUAAAUACAAUAUUUAAAAUUUUGAUGGGCUUAUUUCAAAACCCAAACUUACGAUCGACCAAUUGAUCAAUUUGUCAAUUCAUUUAUGUAUAUUUAAUUUAUUUAUACGUAAUUUAACUGAAUCAGAAAAUGUAAGUCAUUAAAUAAUAUAGCGCUAUCGAACAAUAAUAAACAGACGCUCAUUGAAUGAAAUUUAUUAUUUUAAAGUAAACUCAUACACAAUAAAAUCAAAAAAUAUUAUAUUUUAAACCAAACAUAAAUAUUGUAGGAACGUUAUAAUAUUGUUUUUUACUUACACAAGUUAUUUGCCAGAUUAUUUAUCCGUAGGUAUUUAUACUUUAUAGUUUACUUACUUUCUUGCCUUCAAUAUAUAUAUAUACAUCUUCUUUAGUUAUGUUUCGUAUUGAAAUUUUUGUAAUUAACCGUUAUAAUAAGAAUCUUGACAAUAUCACUUAUCUUUUGAAGUAUAACCAAUUAAUAAAAUAAUAAAGUAAAAACAAAAUUAUGCUUGUUAUUAGUUAUUACUCGUAAAUAAAUAUAUAAAUAAAAAAUGUAUAUAUAGAAAUAAAAAAAAAAUCAGUGAAUGGAUUCGUCGCCUGGAGAAUUAUGAUAAGUGUAUUAUACAAAAUCGUGAAGCGUUCCACAUUUCUGUAUAAUACACAUAACAUAAUACUCCAAGCGACGCAUUCAAUUUAAUUAUUAUUUUUUAUUUAUCUAUGUACAUUUUUUAUUUAUAUAUUUAUUUACUGUAAUCGAUUAGUUAUAACUUAUAAUAUUAUCGUAGAUAUUCGUUUAAAAUUGAAUUAUAGAAAUUAGUAGAUAUUUAAUAAAAUAAUAAAGUAAAAAUAAAAUUAUUAAAAUGUUUAAUGUUCAUAAAUAAAUAAAGUAAAUAAAUAUAUGUACAUAUAUAUAUAUAUAUAUAUAAAAUAUGUUUAUGAAAAUAAAAUAAAUAAAUAAACGAAUGCGUCGCAUUUUACAUUUUGACUGUGAUAUACCUGAUGAUGAAAUUUUAAUUUAAAUUUGGUCGUAUAAUACACUCAUUCAUUUAUUUAUUUUAUUUUUACGUAUACAUUUUGUAUUUAUAUAAUUAUUUACUUUAUUAAGUAGAUUUUAUUAUAAAAUGUUGAUGGAAUUUCGUUUUAUGCAUUCUGAAGAAUAUUUUUGUGGAUUAUUAUUUUACUAUAAAACAUUUUUUUUUCACCAUUUUGAGUUUUAAACAUUUAAUACCUACACACCUAGAUCAAUAUUUUAUGUAAUUCAAAUUUAUAGACAUUCCUGAUAAUAAUAAUGUAGGUUUGAAUAACUGUUCUUUUUCUGUAUCGUGAUUACAUCAAUGUAAUAUAAUUUACUUUAAUAUCGGACAAGCUAUUGGUACUUUUUUUUUGUUUCAAACAUAGUAUCGUAUAAAAAUUAAGAAUUUUGUAUCAAUAAACAAAUCAAAAUUAAUUAUGUAUAUGAAUAAUACAGUUUUAGAUCUAAACAUUUUUGGGUUUUGAAUAAAAUAUAACGCCCAUCAAAAAACAAAAAAAAAAAAAACUAGAAUAUUCAAUACGAAUAUUAUUCUAGUGAUGCACACACAAUACACAUAUUAAAUACAUAGUUAAAACACGCUUUGCGUAGAUCUAAACAUUGUAUAACAUACGUAGUAGUAUUUUUUACCGUGUGCGCUGUCGAUUUUCAACAGUUUAAAUAUUAUAUUUUAAAAUUAAAUUAAGUAAAUUAAGUAUUAUAAUAAUAUAUGGUCUUGGAUGAAUAAAUUACUAAUAGGGUACAUUUAUUGGUAAACAAAUUAAUAAAAACAAAAUGCGCGGUUUAUUAUCCCUGAUAAUGAUUAUGACCCAUUUGAAAAUAGUAUAUGAAGUUAUAAUACAAUAUAAUAGUUAGGUAGGUAAUCGACUUCAAGGUGGUCGAAUAGUUAUUAUUCCCUAUAGGAGAGGUUUUUUACAUUGCAACCACACAAAUAUCUAUGUCUUUGUCUAAAUGGUAUACAUUAUGUCAACGCAUACCGAACACGCAGUUGUUGCGGUGGAUGCGUGCCUCCAGUUUAUAUUAACGUUUAAACAGUGAGGUGCUGUAGGUUUUCAGUAAGUUUUCACUUUAGGUGACGAAGCCCCCGUACCUGAAGAUGGGAUAAAGCCCACGUUUACAGAAAGGCCCAUCAUUACACAGACUGAAGACGAUAGGAACGUAAUUAUAGAAUGCCGUCUAGUGGGCGACCCGAAACCGACGGUUCAGUGGUAAGUCCGUAACCUAAUCUAUACGUACAGUGACGCCAAAGUCGUAAUACUUACCUAAAUUACAAGAAAAAACAGCAGUAUAAAGCUACUACAUAUUUUAAGUAUAAUUAAAUUAAUUCAUCUAGAUAAGUCUCGAGGUUUUCUACUGUCAUAAUUGAAAUAUUCCUGCAGCAGUUUUUAGUUCCGGAAUAUCGAGCGAAAAUUUUUCAAACUUACUUUGUUAUUAAAACGAUGCUUCGUUUCAUAGUGAGUGAUGACACUUUGGUAAAAAAAAAAUAGGACAUUUAAAAUAAUUUUAAGUUAUAUACCUAAGCAGUAGGUGGGAGUCUAAAUAUUCUCUAGAGUUGUCUAUAACGUCUUAGGUAAAUUUUCCGACUUUGGUGCCACUGUCUAUAAAUUUAUUUUUAGCCAUAUUUAGUAUAUUGACAAUCGUAAUAUAUUCGUUAUUCGUGCUGAUUAUAGGUAUCACGGUAAAAAUAUUGUGAAGGGUAGUAAGUAUUCCUCGUCGUUAAACAUAGAUCAAAAACUGUAUUACUUGGCAAAACUGGAAAUAAAAAAUACAGAGGAAGUCGAUAGUGGUGAAUAUAGAGCAGAGGCCACCAAUGUGCACGGCAAAUGUGUAGCCACUGUUAAUUUAAACUUGAACGAAGACAAGGGACAUCUAAAGUGAGUAGAGUAGUUUAUUAUUAUUAUUUAUUUUUUUAGUGAAUAUCUGUAUGGAAUUUCCACAGUUCUGGACUUAUUUACGUAGUCAUAUACCUAUCUUUAUAAACAUAUAAAUAAAUUUAAAUUAAAAUAAUUAGGUAAUCAAUAUCGUUGAAAUAAAUUAAACAACGAGCUUCAAAAAAAUUCAAUUCUGUUGUUUUAAUAAUUAUUUUGAAAUUGAUGUAUCUACCUUUAUUUUUAAAUUUCGAUCUGGCAUGUGGCAACAAAAUAUUUUUAAAAUUUCUCUUCAUAUUCACAAACAAUUGUAUUGUUAAUUCACAAACAUAUUUAGAAGUUCUUAAAAGUUGGCGAUUCUAACAAAUCAUCUAUAAAAACAAUAAAUAGAUAGUUAGAUCAUAUUGAUUAUGAUGGUUUAUAGCCAUUUUUCUAUUCCGAAAUUAUUUCUCUAAAAAAAAAAAAAAUAUUUAUAUGGCAUAAGGUAUGAAGUAUCUUGUAUUUUAGACACUCCAAUUUAAGUUUUAAGUUAAAAUUUAAUACACAAUUCUAUAUAAUAUGAGAUGGAAGAACUAUAUUGAUCUACUAAUAAAACUUAGAAAAAUUAUGUACGUUUUAAGAAAUUUCAACAAAGUUUUAGAAUUACCAAAACUACGCCAGACUUAUUUAGCAUUGGUUGAAUCAUUAAUAUCUUAUGGAAUUGUAGGGUGGGGUGGUGCUCUUGAUAAUGUUAUAUCUCAGUUCAGGAACGAAUGUAUUCAACCAAAAAUGUAUGUACAGAAUUAAAUGUACUUCCUGUUAAGAAAAUAUAUUUGAAAAUGUCUGCUAUAUAUUUAAAAAGCCAUAAUUUAUUAGAACCAAUAAUGUAUGGGGUAAAUACAAGAUACGCAAAAAAUAAUUUUUUUAUUGAAAGAUCAAAAAAAAAAAACUACAUCUGGUAGACAUUUUGAAAUUAUUGGUACCAAAUUAUGUGACAAAAUAAUAUUUUAUAUAAUAAACUUUCCAAUUAAUUUAUUUAAAAAAAAGGCAUUCUGAAAUGGCUAUUGGAUUCUUAUAACAAAUUAAUUAUAUAAUAAUAAUAUUUCUUUAAUUUAAUAUAAUUAGUAUUAGUUAAUUUAGUUUAUUAUAUAUCUGUUUAUUUUUUGGAGAUUCAAUUCGUAUCAUAUAUGUGUUAUUUUUAUGCAAUUAGAUAUUAGAACUUCUGGGCCCAUACACGAGUCUUCUCAGUGGGGCCCAGUACUCAUAUGUAUAUGAAAUUAAAUUUAAAAAAAUAAUAAAAAAUAUAAGGAUAUCCGAUAGAACUUUUUUCCGAUACUGAUAAUCAGACAUCUUUGCUAUCGAUAUUUCGUUACCCUAAAUAUCGGCGGAUAUAAUGACAUCUGUUUAUGCCGAUUGUUGAUACUAAAUUAAAGAAUUAUAGAUAAGUUUUAUUAAUUUAUAUAUGAAUUAAUUUACAUUAAAAAAAUCGCCUAGAAAGAAUUUGUAUUGCAAUAUUUAUAUGUUCUAGAAACGUUAGAAAUUGAUAUUGUAUAGUGCCUAUUAUUUUAUCGACUUUGUAUUUGUUUAGAAUACCGGAAGGCAAACAGCCGAGGUUUCCAAAGAAGCCAGUGAUACACCAAGAAGGGGACGUUUUGGUUAUGGAGUGUGAGCUGGAAGCUAAUCCCAUUCCCGAGAUAAACUGGUAUCAAGCGUCUAAACUCAUAUUAGAUACAGGACGGAUUAGAAUGUCAAAAAAGACAACCGGCAAAGACAUGUAUUUACUUAGAUUAGAAAUCACAAACCCCACCAAAGAAGACGGUGGAAAUUAUCGUUGUAAUGCUUGUAAUAUAUUUGGUGAAAGCAAUGCAAACAUAUCAUUGAAUUUCCAAGGUAUAUAGAACCCAAAAAAUAAUAUUACAUACCUAUUAUAUAUAACAAUAUAUAUCCAUGUAUACAUUUUGUGUUUAUAUUUUGACCCUAUAUUAUUCCAUUACAACCGCGCAUGUUACCACUACUUAAUAAAUUAAUGACAACAAUAAUAUUAUAAUAAAGCGAUAACAUAAACCAUUGAGGUUUCAGGGGGUAUAUUAAUAUUAUUAUAUCGUUUUUAAUCCACGUACGCACGUGUUAUUAUCAAAUGUUAUUUAAAAGGAAAAACAAAUAAUAUUUUGACUUCAGGUGGUGACAACGGUUCUGGGUUUGCACCAUCAUUUAUCGAGAAACCUCGAAUAAUUCCUAAUGAAGCGGGCACGCUAAUCACACUCCGGUGCAAUUGUACAGCCAAUCCUAAACCAGAGGUCACGUGGUACAAGGGCACCAAGAUGGUGACAGAGACAUCAAAAAUUUCUAUGAAAGUCAGUGGACACGAGAAUACAUACGAAGUGCUAUUACUGAUUCAGGUAAACGAUUAUAAUACAUAAUGUUACAAUCUGAAAUUCGUGCAUGCACAAUUUGAAAGACGUUAGAUAUUAACAUUCUUACAUUGAAUAUAGGAUCCGAUUGGUCCGGACAGUGGUACUUAUAGAUGUCACGUGAAAAACGAACAUGGCGAAAGCAACGCUAACUUAAAUCUUAACAUUGAAACCGAUCCUGAACCAGAAGGCGAACCUCCUACAUUUUUAGUAAAACCAAGAAUACAAUCAAAAAACAGUGGCAAAUUAAUCGUCAUGGAUUGCACCGUCAAGGCGAGUCCUAAGCCGGAAGUUAUCUGGUACCAUGACGGUAAAGUAUUGAGUCAAACUUCAAAACUUUCUUGGCGAGUCGAGGAAAAAGGCGAUUCUUAUUAUAUAUGCCUUGAAUUGAAGGUGUGUAUCUAUAUUAGUUUUAAUUAAUGUGAGAAUACCAGUAUGUUUGAUAAUAUAUUAAUCGUUUGUAUUGAAUAAUAUGUUGUUAUACAGAAUCCGGGUAAAGAAGAUACGGGGUUGUACAAAUGUAGUAUAAAAAACGGGAAUGGUGAACUGAAUGCGAAUCUCACACUUAAUAUCGAAAGUAAAUCAAAUAUAAUACUUUAUAAUAGUAUAAUAUUACAUAGUAAACUUAUUAACAUAUAUAACCUUUAAACAGUAAUACCGGUGAUUAAAGAAGUCCCACGUGUUGUCACGAUAUCAAAAACUAAAAGCGUUGUCAUUGAGUGUCGCAUCCAGUCCACUUUUGAACCCCAGUGCACGUGGAAAAAAGACAACAUGGUGAUUAAAGACAACGUUACAAGACAAACAAAAAUUGAACGCGUCAAGGAUGUAAUAACUACCUAAAACGUUUAAACACUGUGCAAUUAUUAUACGAUAGGUAUUUAUGUUUUAUUUCAGGGAGAAUAUGUGGUAAAAUUAGAAGUGAAAAAUGCAUCAUCCGUCGACAAGGGCGUUUACAAAUUGGUUGCUAAAAACGAAAAAGGUGAGGUGGUAUCGAAUCCCAUUGAAGUAAAAGAUUCUGGAGAAGAUAAAGUAGAAAAACCAUCUAUUGAUCAAAAACUAAAAUCAAUCGUGAGUAAAUCUCAAAAAUGUGGUGUUUGUGUCCUUUUUUCACUUUGUUUAAUUUUCGAUAUUAAUAUCAAACUAACAUAUACACACACACCCACACACGAUACCUACCUCUAGUGCAAUAUAACAUAGUGCAUUCCUUAAAUACUUCAGUUUUCGUUACCUAUGUAAUAAUAUUAAAGUUCGCCAAACGUAUAAAACGAUUCCAGAAUAAUGAAACUACAUGGAUAUGGCGUAAUUCAAAAUUACCAGGUAAAACCUUUUGUCAGUUUUAGAGUUUCUUUACAUAUUCGUAAAACGUAUAUUGAAGAAAGUUGUAAAAAGUGGAUUGCAUUAUAAAAAAAAAAAAAAAAAUGUAUUUGUUAAUAAAUAGUGCUUUUUUAUGAAAAAACUACAAAUUUAAAUGUAAUUCAUCCGGUUUUAAUAAUUUGCAUUCACCCUUAUCAUUGUUUACAGUAUUUAUCAUUAGUUUAAUUCAAAUGUGUUUAAAUUUUAGUUAAUUUUAUCACAUUUCUUCAGACGUAUCUUCACGUUUGCUGAAUAUUAUUGGUCCUAAACGAGGAUACUGACCGUCGUACAUUGACCAACAGUCGUCGGUCUCCAAUUUUUUGCACUUUUCCUUCCGUAAUUCGUCUUCUAACAUCUUGUGUUUAAAUUCAAUAUCUUUAUUGGGAACGUGCCUCAUAUAGUUUACUUCUUGGCGUAUUUGGGUCUUGUGUUCCGUAUUUUUUGGCCGCAUCAAAUCGUCCACAUUAUAGUUGUCCAUAUACCUAAUGCCGCCGAAUGUGUUUAAAAAAUGUGUAUUUUGUGUGCGCACAGAAAAACUGUUUGAAGAUUAUUUAUGAAGUAUAUUACAAUUUUUUUUUUUUUUAUCAAUAUUGUUAUGGAAAUUAAACAGUAACAACAGUAUUAAUACAAUUAUUAAUGAACCUAUGUUUAGUUACAGCCAGAAAAAAAGUGAGAAAAAACCCACCAUCACCGUGUAACAAAUUACCGUGAUCAAUUCAUAUAAUAGACUAUUGCUAUUUUUCUUUCUUUUUUAUAAAAAAGUUUCAUUUUGCCUAUAGUCAUUUCGAUGAUGUAUCAUGCACAUUGUACACAUAUUAGGUCUAUCUACCAGUAAUUUUUGCUUAUAAUACUAUUUAGGCGAAUAAUGGACAUAAAUAUAUUAUGUCUAAUGUAGAAAUGAUCGUUACGUCGCAUCCAUUAGAUAAAUAUGUACCAUAAGAAAAUAAUUAUCGCUUAACUUAAUGCAGGGUACCUAUAAUCGAGUUUAUAAAACUCAGUAAUAAUUUAAUAAAAAAUUAAACUCAGCUGCCACAUUAUGUAAUUUAUGUAUGGAUGCGAUGUACAAAAAUAUUUUAUUUUGUUAAUAAUUUACAUGUUUAAGUGAUAAUAUGAUUGUAAUUCAAAUAGAAUUGAUUUAUUAAUUAUUAUGCCUAAUAUAUUUUAUUGCUAUUUGUAAAUGUACGAAAAAUUGCAGUAUUAAUGCUUCAUGUGCCAGUUUUUUUUUUUUAAUAAUUAUAUAAAAGCAAUACGAACAAUUUAUGAUGACAACACAUCAUUGAAAAUAUUUUUGGAUUUAUAUAACUAAGUGAGUAUUUUUUCAAGUAACAAUAUAAUUGUUAAUAAAUACAAAUAGAUUUAUCUAUAUGGAUCGGUGAUUUUCAAUUUUUUCGCUUGCCAUAUUUUGUCAUAAUUAAUGUACCUAGUUAUAUUCGUGAUCCAUAAAGUUUUCUUAUGGUUUCUGAAAGGAAUCGUAUAAAACCCCAGAUAUUGAGAAUCGCCGCUAUAUAGAACUUUACAGAACAAUAAGACGAACAAAAUAUUGCAUAAUAUGGUCGUUCGGAAUUGUUUUGUUUAUAUUUAAUUGUGAAAAUAUAAAAUAUAAUAAUGAAUUUUUUUGUUCCUUUCUAUAGCGUGCUGACGAAGGUGAAAGAAUUGAAUUUGUAUCUAGUUUAACGAAAAUCGAUAAACAAGUUACGGUUAUAUGGUACAGGUAAGAAAUAAUAAUAGAGAGUGUUCCAAGUAGAUAUACCCAUUGCGAAAUAUCGCAACGGGUAUAUUUUCGUAAGACACCCUGUAUAUAUUUAUACAUUUUAUUAUUAUCCGAAUUAUCCUACUUAUUUAUCAAAAAUACAAACUAAAAUAUAUUUAUAAAACGGAAUUUAUUAUUAGGAACUCGAGACAAAUCACGGAAACGUCAGAAACGAUUAUAAGCUUUGAUGGCAAACGGGCGAGUUUGGUUAUCAAAAAAACUAAAACCGAACACAGCGGUACUUAUAAGAUCGUAUUUAAAAACUCUGCCGGAAGCGACGAAUCUACGGCGGAACUCAAUAUCGUUGGUAUGCGUAUAAAACAUUUGCUUUCUAUUAUUCUAAUAAAAAAAUUGUACUACCUAUUAAUAUUGUUUGUCUUUUAAUCUGCGAUUUAGAAAAAAUGGAAGUGGACGAGAAAAAAGAGGUAAGAUAUAAAGUCGGUUAAAAAAAAAAAAAAGUAAUAAUAUUAUUACUUAACAAUCUUUUUUACACAAAUAUUAUAAUAUUCAUAACAAUUUAAUGUACCGUUGUAAAUUACAGGAAGAAGUAACGGAAACAAAAGAAAAAACUGUAAAACGAAAAUCGUCCAUCACGACGACAAAGGUAAACCUAUAGGGAAUAAAUUCCCUUUAAAAAAUAUAUUAUAAAUACCGUAAUACGCGUGGGUUAAUAAUAUGAAACUAAACUAUUGACUAUUCGUAUUUAUUAGAAAACGGUUGAGAACGAAACGAACGAAGACGCUCCGCCAGAAGAAAAACGAAAAUCUUCCGUAAUCAAAGUAAGUAUUACACAAAUAUAAUGUUCUUUAUACCAGCUUAGUCCGCAGACGUUAAAUGUUUUAUUUCACACCGAGUUAUAAGAUAAAUGUUUCCAAACGGUUUGAACAUACGGGUAAACAAGUGUUUAUGAAAUAUAUUGCACGUGCUUCUGAGUUUCACUAUCCAUUGGUUUAAAAACACAAUAAGAAAAUUACUCGAGAGCAGCACAGCUCCGUCGCCAUUGGUUGAAUUUCUCCCCAGAGGACUUGUCGCCGUUACAAUUUUUCAUUUUAGAUUUUGAGCGGAACGAAAAUUGUAUCGGUUUUACAACGAUGUGUACGACGUUUCUACCUGAAAUCUGGAUCCAAUCAAAACGACGGGAGAAAUUUUUUAUUGAAUUCUUGACCGAGAUGGUUAUUUUUUGAUUUUCCAAAUGGGUUCUUAUUAUAAUUAGGAAAAAUUUUUUUUUUUAACUAUUUCGUAUUCAAUGCAAUUUCUUCCACCGUGUUCAAAAGAUAAAUGUAUUUCAUGUAAAUUAUUAAAUAACGAUUCAUUAUAAGCAUAUAAUUUUACUCAAUUACCUUCUGCGGCUAUUGACAUAAUUAAUCAUUCGUCUUUUACUACUGUCAUCACGUCAUAUAUUUCCUUAUUUCCUCAUUAAUUUUGAAUUCACUUUUUCUCAAACUUUAGUCGUCUUAAAUAAUUAACUGUCUGUUUGUAUUUUAAUUUACCAAGACGAAGGUUGUUCGUAUUUCUCUCUAUGAUGAUUUUGUUUAAGUUUUUAUAAAAUGUAUAGAUUCGAUGUUUUAAAAUAAUUAAUGUUAAAAUAUGCAGUAAUUGAAAAAAACGGUGGCGUUUCAACUCGUCUGGUUAUUCGGAAAUAUUACAUGCCUAAGAGGCACUGUUGAUUGACUGAUUUUAUGAACUUAUCUAUUAUAAUACUUUUAGCAGCCGGUAUAGUAAGCUAACGGAUAUGUGGUUAUAUCGGAUAGAAAAAUCCAAAUUAAAAAUAAUACGGAAUUUAUGCGGAGUCUUAACAGACAGACUUUGUUACGGCGUUUUUCAAUAUAUAGUUUGUUUGUAAUAAUAACCUAUCUUAGAUAUCUGAUACACAAUUGUUUAAAAAUAUUCAUUAUACAACAAAUAGGUAAUAAUUAAAGAUUGCACAAAAAAAUUAUUAACUUAUUUAAACCGUUUAGGUGCCAUGUUUAAAUUCGUGGUUCAAAUUGUUGUGUAACAUAGAUACAGUACAGUGCAGCAAUUUCUAUUUUCAGGGAAAAUUUGACAAAAAUGGAAACAUAGCUCGUGUUAUUCUUAUUCUUAUUAUUUUUUAAUUUCUGUUCAAAUCAGAGUUGUUCUCAAUUGACUUUGUAUAGCACUUAAAAUCUUACAUAUUGUAUAUUCAUGAAUAUUACCUGAUAUUUACUACGCUAAAAUUACGUGUGUUCCGCAUAGAAAUCAAAUGAACAAGACAUCAAAGAAGAUUCAGACCAACCCGAAGCGAAGAGGCGUUCGUCGAUAUUAAAAGUACUUAUUCAAUAUAUACGAAACACAAAUAUUAGUAGGCAGGUUCUCAAAUAACACUAUAAUUGUAUUAUAAUUUUUUUUUAAGAAAACGUCAGAGAGUACAUCGACAGUAGUAGAGGAGCAAAAGAAUCAGGAAAGAAGAAGAUCCUCUAUACUAAAGGUACAUUGUAUUUUUGUUUAAAUUAUUCUCACGCUCCAAUUGACAUUGGCAAAAGAAAAUAAAUGUAUUAAUUAUAAAUUAUUAUUAUUAAAUUAAUUUAUUAAUAUAAAUUAAUUAAUCGUACGGAAUAUUUUAUUUCGAUCAGUCAAUUCGUGGGAGAGAGACACAAUUAAAUUUUGAUUAUCAUAAUAUAGUUAUGGCUAUUUGGUCUAUUGUUGAAUUAAAUAUGUAUAGGUAUUAUUCUUAGAUUCUGAGUACAGUGAGAAAUGUAGUUUUACUAUGACGUGGUUUUUCUUUUCUAUAAUACUAAAUAUAAAAAAAGGGGGAUUAUGUGUCCAAUUUUAACCAUAGUGACCAAGAAGUCUCUUUCACUCUUAGUAGCUGGAUUGGAGGGUUGGUGACUGACAUCCAUUUGAUCGGUCGAUUUUCGUUCGAAAACGUUGUUUUUAAAAAAUAGACAGCCAGAUCAUAUUAUAGUCUGAUCAGACGAACGUGUGUAAUUUUUGUUGUUUUUGUUUAUUAUGCACUAUUUAAAAUACAUUUUAUAAAUAUAAUUAGAUUUAAUUCUAAAAUGUAAAAGCACUUAUACACAUAUAUAACCACAUCACGGGUAUCUGCAUGGCUUACGAUAUUUUAAUUUUAUUUUUAGAAAUCGUCUAAUGAAAAUACCGAAGUUAAAGACGAAGAACCUAAGAAAUCAUUGUUAAAAGUAUGUACCUACGUAUACAUAUUGUUUAGAAAUUAUAUAAAUUUUUUUCCUAUUAAAUUUAGUAUACUUAUUUUGUAAUGUGUUCGAAUUUCCUCUAAUUUUAUUUAUAUAUAAUAUUGUUUUAAUUUAAUUUUUCAUAGAAAUCUUCUAACGAAACAACUGAAAUUAAAGAAGAGGAAGUCAAAAAACCGUUAUUUAAAGUACGUACCCAUAACCUAUUGAAUAAUAAUUUAGAGUACCUACCUAUUUAUUAUUUGUAAAAAUAACAUUUAUAAAUAUUGAAAUUCAUUUUUUUUUUUUUUUUAGAAACCAGAACCUAAAGCCGAAAUUCAAAGUGAUAGUUUAAAGAAAGUAUGUAUAAAGUGUCCAUCGAUUUUUGUUCAUCUCACUUUAGAUUCUGUUUGAAGUUAUUAAUUUUUCUUAGAUGUUGUUUUUUUGAAAAACGGUCUUUCGAUCAGUAAAAAUAUACCAAUUUUAUCAUUUUAUACCUCAAGUAGUGUGAAAUUUCUUCCCGGUAGUACUUUAUUUGAAAUAUUUAUUGAUAGUUUCAAUAGUUCGAGGACUUUUAUUUUAAUUUUUGUUGGUUUUUGAGUUGCUUUAGUAACAAAGAAUUAAACAUGACUGUAAUACUGUUCCUCUCAGAAUCGUUUUUAUUUCCUUUAAAUAAUAGUAAAUUGUUUAAUUAUUAUAUUUAAAAUUAAUGUAAAUUUAUUUAGGAAACUGUUGCUGAAAAAACUGAAGUAAAAGUAGAGGAAGUUAAGAAACCGAUGCUUAAAGUAUGUAAAAACGAAUACUGAAGAUUUUCAGAAUAUAUUAGAUUUGUGUAGGUAAUCAACAUUAAUACUUAUUUCAAUGGCGAUUUUUUUUUAGAAAUUUGUUCCUAAAGCCGAUAUUCAAGGUGAUGAUUUUAAGAACAUAAAAAAUAUAUUGAAAGUAUGUACAAAAACUGUUGACAAACAAUACUUUUUAAUAAUAAUGUGUGAAACAGACUUAAGUUCGUUUAGUCAACAUUUUUAAAAAUUCGUGUCGAUUUUUUUAAAUUUUUUUUAGAAAGUUCCCGUGGUAAAAACCGAAGGUAAAGACGACGAACUUAAGGACUCGUCGUUUAAGGUAUGUAUCAACUGUUUGCAAAAUACACAAAAUACGUUCCGUAAUAUAUCUAUAAUUAUAUUACGAAAUUUAUUUCAUUGUACAUAUUGUAUAUACAUAAUCGUAGAUAGUACUUGUACAUAGUUUUCAUAUUUUUCUUUUUUUACUUUUUCGUGUGUUACGCGUGUUUUAUUUAUAGACAACUGACAGUGACGGUAAUGAGGAAUCAUUACCCUCCGACGAAGAAAACGAAAGUGAUUCUUAUCCGCUGACAGAAGUAAUUACAUUUAUAAAUAAAUAACACUAUCUGCCCAUAUUUUAUUAAAAAUCUCUUCGCGUUAUGAAAUAAAAUUGACGAGCCGCAAAAUAUAAACAAUCAAGAAUAAUAAUGAGUUAUUAAUAGUCGACAUAAUAGGCGUAUUAAAAUUAUUUUUGAUUAAUAAAAAAUAUUAUAAUAUAAUUAUCAUAGGUAAAAAGUAAAGUAAAAAACAUUCGAUACAAAAGUAAAAUCAACAGAUAUCCUUAAUCAAUUCGGUUUAAAAUUAAUGUAUUAUCGAUUAAUCGAGAAAUAUAAAUAUACUUAAACGGUUUAUUAAUCAAACGUUCACGCUUUGGUUUUUCGCACUGUUAAAUAUUAGACAUUAUGUUGUAUAGAAGAAUCGCAGAAACUGCAGAAAGAUCACAAUAAAUUCAAAUCUUCUAAGAUAAAUAAAAUAUACUUAAUACCUCUGCAAAAAAAAAAAAACAAAAUUGCUUGUUAAUAACUAAUUUUAUAACGUUAGAUAUUAUCUAUAAGUUGCUACGGUCAUUUUAUGAAAUAUUAUAAAACCCUAAAUGAUUUUUUUGUCAUUCUUUAAAAUUUCUAAAAUUUGAAUACUUAGUGAUUAACAUAAAAAUAUAAAAUAUCGUGUUUUAAAUGUUCUUUAAAUGAGUUAAUUUUGCAUUUAUGAUAAACAUUUAUACUAAACAUAAAUCAAAUCUCGGUAGACGAGGAUCUACAAAAAUAAAAUACAGUAUUAAACAGUUUUUAUAAGCUUAUUGAAAAAUACAUUUUCAUCGUCAUAAAAUUUUGGAGAACUAGAAAAAACCUAAGCGGCGGAAUAUUUGAUCAAAAUAAACAAAAAAAAAAAACAAAAAACAAAUAAAAAAGAACGAACAAUUGAAAUAAAACUUGAAAUUUAAUUUCUUUAAGUAAACAUAGUUGCAUAAAAAACCUUGUGUUUAAAAGUAUAAUGUUUACAAAUAUAAAUUCUAUGAAUUCCGUGUUGCGAUAUUCAGGAAAUGAUUGACGAAACUGAAAUAAAUAAUGACACUGUAAUUGCUCCCACCACCGCGAUUCCGGAAAUUGUCGAUGAAAAACCAAAAACUUCGACAUUAAAAGUAAGGAUAAUAUUAUUAUGACGUACCUAUACGGUAAAAUGACACCAACUUAAACAUAAUUGCACGUCUGUAAUAUUAUACGAUGAUAUGUAUAUUCCUGUUAAAAGAUCGAAAACGAAGAUAAUAACGGUUACAUGUCCCCGCCCGAAAAGGCCGUUCAGGAUAGCUCCGUUAGAAGGAGAGGGUCUUCGAUAAAAGUACGUUUUGUAAAUACACGUGUGUUGGUACAGUCGCAGUAGUCUAUAGUUAUUAUUAUUUGUAUAUAUGUAUAUAGAAAACCAGUGAAUCCGUCACCGAGCCAACCGAACCAGUUAGUAAUAAUAAUGAGGUUAAACGACGACCGUCAGUCAGAGUAAGUAUAUUUUGUGUGUUGAACAUAGUAAGAUAAGGUUAUAAUCCCGGUAAAUUGAAUGUAUUUAAACGCACAGCAUAAAGGACGGACGGUACGGGACACGAUUUUGAUGUGGAGUAUUAUAAUUCGUUCCCCAAACAGUAUAAUGAAUUAGUAAUAAAUCGCGGGCACUUGGCUUUGGAUAAAAUCUACGAAUAAGUUUCUGUUAAAGGAGUUCAAAACAUAUUAAACAAGUUUUUAAUUUGAAAGAAUGUGCAAUUCUAAGAGAAAUGGUAUAGAUUUAACGGUUUCACUCACAGUAUUCACUGAAUUAUCAGGAAUUGAAAGAGACACGUGACGUCAUUCAGCCGGGUUCGCCGUAAUUGCUUAUUUUAUACGUGUAAGACUUAUUCGCUUCACACACUCAUUUACCGAACUUUACAGUAUAUUUUUGAAGUUUUGAAUUACGAAUGCAAUGUGGUUUUAUACACCGAAGAAGUUUGUGGAAACAGAAUUUUUCUAAUAUGUCCAGUUUUUUUUUUUUCUAAAUAUUUAAAAUAUAAAAAUAAUUUUCGUUACGUACACUUCUGUAACAGCAACAAUCACCUAUCGCAACACAAGCCGCACUGUUGUGACUACAAGUGUGAGUUUAAUGUUUAAUUAAAAUAUAUAUAGUAUUUUUUAAAUUCAAAAAAAAAAAGAACUAAACGCUAUACUAGAAUUCUGAUACUUCUAUCGUCUAACACAAAAAAUCACAUAUUUAUAUUCAAAUCAACCGUCAAACAUAAAACGUUUAGAUUGGUAAAUCAAUGUGUAAAGCAAGCAAUUUUUAAACGUGUAAAAUAGGAAAUUAUUAUGAUGACGUUACGCGGCUAUUCUAAGUAUCUUAAUAUUUACUUAAAUAUUUAUUUUUUUUACAUAUUGAAUUUUGACCAAAUCGAUUUUAAUAAUUUGAAGAAAUCACUAUUUUUAUGUUUUAUGCUUUUUUGAAAUCAUGUGUGCAUAAUAAUGCGUAGAUCUUUUUGACAAGGGAGGCAGCGAUCAAUAAACCUUACACAAAAUCAUAUUGACUAUAAGGUUUUUUUUGGGGGGGGGAAAGGGCUUACAUCCUCAUAAUUCUGAUUUUGCCUACUUAAUAUUCAAUUGAUUUGGGAGGGGGGCUUGGCUGGGUUUUGGGGGAGGGUAAACCUCCCAAGCUCUCCCUAUUCGAGCCAAUCAACAAAAUCAAGGGGACGUUAUAAGAAUGAAUGUUUAAAUAAAUUCAUACCUGACAUAUUUUUUAUAAAAAAAAUAUCUUGGCGGGAAAUCUCAGAGGGAUGGUAGCUGCCUUUCCUGUCCUUCAUAUGCGCACGCAUGUUCGUGCGUGUCAUGAAAAAAUAGACAGGUUCGCAACUUUUUGACACGCACAUUAUCGAAUGACCUCUCCACCACCCCUUCCGCUUAUAAGCUGGUACGUCUCUUAUCGUCGUUCAAAUACAUUCCAAUAGGCAUUGCAUGCAUGUCACAGACAGUGGUAGUGUAGUUUAACGGCCAAUGAGAUGAGGCGACCGUGAUUACGGCUGGAAAAGGCAGGAAAAGCACGAUUAAAAAUCGCCGACACGAGACCUGUCUAUUUUGUCAUGGCGUGGGUUUUUAAAAAGACAAAAAUUGCAUAAAAUAACAUAUACGUUGUCAAUUCAUGUAUACUUAAAAUAAAUAACUACCACGUUAUUAGUUCGACUUUAUUUUUAAAUGGGGAGGGGAGAGGGAGGAGCUGUAAUUUUCGAAAAAAAUAACGUUCGUUCACAAAACGUGAUGCAAACAAUAUAUUAUGUGUGUACGUUUAGAAAACCGUUGAAAAUAAAAUAGCGGACAAACAAGAAGAUAAACCGGAAGUUGUAGAACGUCGUCGUCCGUCUUCGGCCAAAGUAAGUGUGUGUUUUCGAACUUUGCGCGUGCCUCGGUGGCGCGCCGGUUUCGAUUUUGUAUAUAUUAUUAUACCUACUCGUAUAUAUGCAUUUUUUUAGUUUUUAUUUUUUCUAAAAGUGUGCUUUGUUUUUCUUUAUCGAAUAUAACACUGUAUAUAAUACCGUUUUGAAUAUUGUACAUAUGUAUAUAUUUAGACAAACGAUGAAAUCGUCGGCACUGUUCCUGCGGAAAACAAUAAUAUCGACGAAAUGCGACGACCGUCGAUUUCGAGUGUAAGUGUAACGCGUGAACAUAUGAUCAUAACAUUGAUAUAGACAAAUUAGUUUAUAGAAUCGAUUUCGAUUGCAUCCUGUACAUAAUAAUUCCCACCACGGCGUAGUUCGAAUGGUGUCGAAUGUCAAUUACCUUAAUGUUAAUACCCUGAUACUUUGAUUAUUUCAGUUGUUAAAUGUCUACCUAACCACCUUAUUCCUAAACACACCUAUAUAAUUACAAAAUGUUUUAUCUGUUUCUUCAUUAUGCCACUCGAAUCGUAUUUUAACUUACGCAUUUGUUUUUGAAUAUAGAAAAAAAUAGCACCGAGUAAAUCGCUUGCUGCUGGACAGCCGGACGAAAAGUUAACUUUGAAAAAACGACUCUCCGUAAAAGUAAUAAUACAAUAAUUAUUAUAUUAUAGUGCUUCGAAAAUUCGAUUAAUUUAUAAAAAUGAACGGUAAUUAAUUAUGUAUUAUUUUUAAUUUGUUUUUCUAGAAGAAAAAAGAAACUACCGAACAGGAACAACCGGAGAAAAAAAUGCGAACGUCAAUAACGAACGUAAGUUGUAGUGCACAUAUUUUUUUUUUCGGAAUCGUUUAUUUUUCAAUUAACAAGACGUUUCGUGUUUAAUUCUUUUACAGGGAACUAAAAUCGAUACUUCGCACGACUCGUUCGACGAGGCUACUAAAUCGAUCGAUGAACGAACACCGGUACAAAAAUACAAAUAAAAUAAUAAUAAUAAAACAGACGAGAGAUAAUCUUCACUUCGAUUGAACACGUUGAUCAAUGCGUUCUUGUUGUUUGUUUAGGAAACGAGUGUAGAUUAUUCCAUGAUGUCUGAAGACGAAAACUCCAUACAGGAACCCAGUAUAAAGUUGGACUCUUCUGACGAGCAAACUCCGUCGAACAGGGUAAGUAUCUGAUGAACAAUAAAAUCAUGAAAAUACCGUCGAAUUAUGUCUUUAUAGUAAUAAUUAGCCGCGAUUAUCACGACGUACAAAAUACUUGUGUAUUUAUAUUAUUAUAUACAUGCGAUAAAACUGUGUAUUUUUUUGUAACUCGGAGGCGUUUAACAUUCAGGUAAAUAUGCAUGAUUUUUUUUCGGCGAGAGACGGGCGUUUUUGCCCGUCUGGCCGCACGACCUUAUUAUUUGCGCAUGCCAUCAAAACCCCACCGCCCGAAUGCCAAUUAUUAUUACCGUACGAGUAAUCGUAUAUUAUUAUUAUAACAACCGUCACCGUAACCAUCACUAUGUUUUCCCCCAAAACGAGCACUUAUAUCGACCUGUAUAUUGCGGUCGGGCGCGGAUUUAGAAUGACGGGAAGUUGAACGGCGGGUGGUUGAAAAUAAUAUUGCCGGAUAAUAUUAUAGUUCCCGAUAUCGGACACGAUAGUGUAGAACGAACGAAACGAAAAUACUAUGUAAAUAUUUUCCCGUGGAAAACGAAAAUGAAAUUGUAGACAGUAUCUACGUAUAAACGUAAAACACGACGAGGUUCUUUUCGGAAUAUUUUAUAGGCUUUUUAACCUUUUUUUAUUUUAGAUACUAUUAUUUAUUUAUUUAUUUUUUUUUGAAAUGUUUUAACGAGAUAUCCACUUUUGGCUGUUUCGGGGACCUAGUGGCGAUCCGCGACCUUUGCACCUGGUAAGGUCUGCAGUAAUUUGAAAAUUACAACGGGAGUCGGGAAAGGACGUAGAUAUACACGGAGAGCCAAAAUUUCGUACCUACUGUCAAAAAUAGAACCCGAGGCGACGCUAAUUAGUAUUUGUUGAAUUUAGGCUUUAACAUUAACGGUGAAUUGUUUUAUGUGUUGUGAUAAAAUACAAGUAUAUUUUCAUCGUACUAUAAUACACAUAUCGUUUAGACGAGCCUCAUUAGCCUGCACCGGCAACGGCGAGUCGCCACUGAUGUCGGAACGUUUUCCGGUUUCAGGCCAUUGAAAAUCGUCGGUUAGACGUUAUAAAAAUAUUUCCUUGUUUGAGCGCCCUCUCCCCCUCCUCCCCGUUGAUAACGACAUCUAUAUAGAUCCGCGCCUGCCCGAUAUAAUAUUAUUAUUAGGUCGGUUUAAACGCAUUAGAUUGUUGCAUUCGAUUAUUAUUGUAGCCCGUGCCGGAAAUCAAGGCGCCGGACAUGCCGAAGAUUGAAGUGAUCCGGGAAUCGACGCCCACCGACCGCGACAGCAGGAAGAGCUCGUUGGGACCGGCUUCGGGCCAGUCGAGCCGCCGGGGCUCGUUGAUACCGCCGCCGGAAGACGCCAAAGGCCGGCGACCUAGUCUGAUAAUUAGCGACGAGGUAAAUUUUCUCACAGUAAAUCCAACCGUCGAACGGCGCUCCGCGUGAUACCGAAAAUAUCGCACAGAGAGCCGUCUUUAUGUUGUAUUAUAUACAUACAGGGUGUAUGUGUAGGAUUUGGCGAUUUCCUAUGCAUUCGCGCAGGAAAUCGCGAACUCUUUCAGACGCACGCUGUAUAUAUAUAUAUAUAUUUUGUAAUUAUUAUACAUAUAUUAUAUAGAUAAAAAAAUAGUCUCUUUCGUUCGUUCUAUUAUAUUCGUUUUUUUGAUCUAUCCUUUUUUUUUUUUUUUUUAAAUCGUAUAAAUAUAUCUUUCCUUCUAUAUAUUAUAAUAUCAUAUGUAUACAUAUAUACACAAAUAUGUUAACACAGGGUGUUUCGCUUAACACGUGAUGUCCGGAGAAUCCAUACGAAUGGAUACGAAUGGAAUCCGUUUAUAUUCGUGUUGGACCGGAAUCAAAAACGAUAAUAAUGUUUUGUGAAUUGACCGUUUUAAAUUAGAACCCUCUCCGUCGGAUAAUUUACUCGCUUUUAUCAAUCUUACGGGUUUUCGAACCGAUUGAUUUACGGGCUCAACAGAAUUUCCAAAAAGAAAAAAAAAACAUUUAGAAAAUCGAUGAACACCUAAUUCACUUCUUUUUCGAAAACGGAAACAGAACGGACAAAAUGUCGACUAUAAUAACGGUUUCAAUCGGAUGUUUUCCACUUGUCGUUUUGGACUAUAAUCGUCUGACGAUUAUUGUCAGUUUGAUUAUAUUGUCGAAAACAAUUAAAAACAAAAAAAAAAACCAUUGAAUUUCUUAUAGAAUAUUGUGAUCACAUAAGCGAAACACGGUGUAUAUUUAUAUUUUUGUGUAGUUAUAUUUAUACAUAUAUAUUAUUUUUGUAUUUUUUUCUUAUGCAUUCUUAACGGCGCUCGGUAUGCGAAGAGCGCCAAAUUAGUAAGCAUGAAGACAAUUAUAGUUAUUAUCGGCUGCUUUUAUACUUUUUUUUUUUUUUUUUAAAUAGAUUUUUUACCAUAACAAUUUUUUUUUUUAGUGUUGAACAUUGUAGAUGAAAAGUAGAUAAAAUAUAGAAUAGAAACAGUAAAAAUAAUUAUCAUAACCACAUAUAUUAUACAUACAUGUACAGCGGGUUUUUAAGCCUUUUUAUUUUUAAUUAAGCCUAAAACGUAUUCACUUCGAAUAUUAUUAGUUUUGCAAUAGAUCCUGUGUUUAUAUAAUCCUAUAUACAUCCAGCUGCUAAUCAGACGCGUAAUAUAUUGUGUUUCGCUCGAGAAACCGACUUCGCGUAUUAUUUUAAUAUAGGUCUCGUAAUCAUAUAAAAUGGAGUUCCUACCUAUAUUAUAGGGAUUGCAUUAAUGCGUCAGAUUUUCAAAAAAAAAAAAAAAUUUUUAAUUGUCUAUAUAUUUUAGGAAAAUAGAAAAUUACGGCCCGGAGAGGUCCUGGAAGAAAAAAAGGUGAGGGUGUUAAAAAUCCAAUGUGAACAGCGUCUCUUUGGUGGAAUUAAUUAAUAAACUGAAAAACACAAAAUAACAAUGGUUUUUUUUUACCCUCGUCGCGGCUGUUGUGACUUUCAAAGUGGACGUAUACCUACUUUGGCGAUGACGAAAUCAAAUAAUAAUAAUAAUAAUAAUAAUAUCAAUAAUCGUCCAUAACCAAAAAUACUGCAGCGCAUUUCCUUGUUCAUUAAACGUUUAUAUCGCAAAUGGCAUACGAUAAUAAUUUAUCCGUCAGUUUCGCAAAACCGAUUCGUCAUUGCCUAUGCACCUAUCUUUAUAUCUGUCGAAAUUUCUAAAAGUCUCUGUGUUUCUGUCUUUGUGUCGUCACCCUCGGUUACUUCUGGUUAACCGCAACUUGUUUAACGUGCUUUCAAUUAAAUUAUGUUUAUGCAGGUUGGAAAAUUGCGGCCUGGUCAGGUUAUUGAUGCAAAGGUGAGGUUUCAUUCAUAGUGUUUCCUCGUCACAAUAGUCACCGUAUCCGAUACGAUUGCGUUGUUUUUUUUUUUUUGUUUCUUGUGUACCCUAUAUUUUGUGAUGUCGAGUUUUUUUUUUAUUGUUUUUGUUGAUCGUCUCUUUUUUUUUACACGUGUUGGUCCUGUGAUCGUUUAUUCGUUUGAAAAUUGGACCGCGAGAAACAAAAUGUUGUGACAUUUACAUCACUAACGCAACCUAACAUAAUAUCUAUAAUAAUAUUAUAUUAAUAUUAUUCUAAUUUUAUUACAGGAGUAAUAUUUGUAUUUUUACUUUUAUUAUAUUUAUUACAAUAUUUUGUUUUUUUAGAAUAUCACAUAUUUACAUUGUACGGUCUUGUGAAUAUUAUAGUAUUUAUAAUAUAUUUUAAGAUUAAGACAAUUUACUUGGAAUAUGUUUAACUUUUAAUUUAUCUACGAAUAUAACUGUAAUAUUAUUUUUAAAUAUUAAGUUAAUCGACGUGCGUGUUUAUCUGCGAAGAAGAAUAUUACUAUUAUUGGCACGGGACAUAUGUAAAAUAGUUUAGAUUUAGUUUACCCUUUUACUUUAUUAGUUCACCCUUACUCAUCAAUGCUGCUUCAGUUUUCAACAAUUUUGAUGUUAGUCAAUCAUUGAAGUAAUUAUUCGGUUUCUGUUAUUUUUUGAUGUAAAAAAAUUAAAAAAAAAAGAAAAAUUGUGAAAAUUACGAACCUGCGUGAUAAUAUCGUAUUCUUGGAACAAAGCGAUUUUAAUUUCAAAUAUUUAUCAGCAUGUCAAUUUUUAAGUUUCAUACAUACAACUCGCACUUUAUUUUUUUGUAAUUUUUAUAUAAGCGCUUAAAAAUUAUCCACAACACUAUAAUACGAUAUCUUCUAUUUUCGAGAAUCUACAAUUAUGGCAGUUUUUAGUUUUAAAUUCGAAUGGCCAUAUUUUGAUUUAUAACAGUGUUCAGUUAUACAUAAAAUAUAUUAGCUACAAACAGAGAUAUUCAAAACAGCCACAAAUUUAAAUAUACGGUUUCAAAUUUCGUCUUAGUUAACACCAGUACAAAAAAAAAAAAAAAAAAAAAAAAAUAACUGACUGCAUUAAUUGCAAUUAUAUCAAUUUUUGAUUUUCAGAAUAUUAUUAAAAUACGAUUUACGUAUUACAAAGCAAAACAUCAAUACUUAAAAACGUGAUAGCAUUGCUAUCAUUAGAGAAAAAAAAAAAAAUCAAAUAUUCAAUGGAUUGACCCAACAUUGACGCCGAAAAUAAUAAUACUAUUACGUUCGGUGGUCUACUAUUUUGUCGACAAUAUUUUUGAGAUUCUACUUACACCAAUACGUCAAAAAUGUCAAGUUUUGAGUUGUGGUAGUCUUGUUCUAAGGGUGUAAUGUAUUAUUGGUAGAAAUUCAUUUUAUUCUUCUCAUUUCGAACAGUUUGGAUAAAAUUCAAUAAAGGACUUUAUAUCAAUAAUGGAUUCACAGUGAUGUGCAAACGAACAAGCGUCACAAACAAACGUCUAAAAACGUUUACGAUACUUUGUUGUCUUCGAUUUGCUUGUAUUUUUUUUUUCGGGAAUUGUGUAAAAUAUUUUAUACUAUCAAAAAUCGCUGGCAAUUCAUUUGUAAAAUUAUUUUACGAUGUUUUCUACAAUGUUGUCAUAUUAACAACGCAAAUCCGAAUUUUAUGUAUUAGAACAAUUCCUACAAAUUUAAAAUGUUCCGAGGAUUGAACAAACGAUUCGGUAAUUAGGUGAGGUUUGAUAUCCUUGUAACUAGGUGUAUGCCUAUAUAAUAUUAUCAUCUGCGAUUUACCUACAGAGAAUAUUAGAUUAUUUAAACAAAAAUAUUAUAUGUAAAUAAAUACUAAUAUUAAUACGUAGUUAAGUAGUUAUUUGUGUUAUUAAAUUAUGGUUUUUCUUUUUGCAACGAAUAUACAUUGUAUUACCUACCUAUUAGCAUUUAGUAUUUAGUUUAGUUCACUCGGGUUUUCUUAGUGUAAAUAUUCAUAUUUCACGACGAAAUAUAGAAAACACGCUUUUUAACGAUUUUAAUUAUAUAUAUUUUAGAUAUGUAAAUAGUUUAUAAUUGGCUUUUCAAAUAACUCGAAAAUCCAAAUUUUAACUCGGUUAAAAUAUUAAUAACAAUAAUAUAAUGUAUGAUUAAAUAAACAAAUUGCAUGAUAGUUCAUGUAUAUAUAUUCAUAGCAAGACGAAUAUUUAAUAACUGCAUUGUUUUUUGUAGUUUUAUAUUUUUCUUGCAUCAAUUUUUUUUAUUUUUUGUAACAUACAGAACCCCUGUAUAUAUAUAUACCCUUUAGAUUUAAGGAUGUUUUGACUACCUUUUUUUUUUAUUUUUUCGUUUUUAAAAUUAGUUUUAAGAAUUAAUUUUCGUUAAAUUGCUUGGACUCAAUUAGUUAAUAAAUAUUUAAUAUUAACAUCAUUCAAUCGCAUUGAAUUGAGUAGUUAAAAAUUGUACAUAUUAGUAUUACGUAUAUUUUAUAUUAGUUUUUUUUUUUUUUUUUAUUAAGUCAGUGUAGUUAUUAUUUUAUCAGCUUGAUGUUAGUCAUUGAAGACGCCUUGAAACUAUAUCGAGAAAAUGGAUGUAGUGGGAGUGAAAUGUGAUAAUUGUUGAGAGAAAAAAAUAACUGACAUCAGUAUAUUUAUUAUUCUAAAAUUUGUAUCUGGACUUUGCAGCGUCGACGACCAAGUACAGAAAUGAGGAGGCCUAGCAUCGCUGAACUCGAAGAAAAAAUCGAUAAACCUUCCACGCCACUCAAGGAUAUGGGGACACCGGGCCCUCCGAGUAUUGUAGACGUUGCUGAAAGUUACUCAGCUAUUGAAGAUCAAACGGGAUACAUGACCAUACAAGUAGAGGGCACGCCAGCACCUACAUUUAAAUUUUUCAAAGUAAUUACUUUUAACUAUAUCGCCACAAGUAUCUGAAUGAAAACAGUAAUAUUAGAUUUUAAUUACUGUAGGAAAACCCUCUAUAGUAUUGUUAGAUUUUAGUUAAGUACCUAGAUAUAAUAUUACGUUUGCAAUUAAUUGUCAACUUAGGGAAUUACUGAGCUCAUAGAAGGAGGACGAUUCAAAUUCCUUACCGACGGAGAAACAAACACCAUUACGUUGUGUAUGCGUAAAGUUAAACCGAACGAUGAAGGGAAAUACCAAGUAACCAUAAGCAACAUACACGGGUCGGAUACCGCAGAAAUGCAACUUUAUGUAUCAGGUAAUUUUUAAUCAAUUUUCUUAUUUUUAUCAACGUUUAUGAAUUUGAUUUGAUUUUAAUUGUAGAUUCUAGUGGCAUGGAUUUCCGAGCCAUGUUGAAAAAAAGGAAGUACGCUAAAUGGGGCAAAGAUAAGGACGAUCCCGAAUGGGGUGAUUUGAAAGAAACAGAAAAACCUGUACCGGCGCUGAAGAAAGUUGAAAGGGUAAAACCGUAUUCACAAUAAUAUCCAACAAUUUUAAUGCGAGUAUGACACAAUUGUUUUAAAUGUAAAUAGAAACCAGAAUCGUUUUUGAAACCGUUGGUGGAUCAAUACGCCAAAGAAGGAAAAGAUAAAAAAGUCAUGUUUGAAGCUGUAUUUUCAAAACCUAACUCCAAACCAAAAUGGUUCCUCCGAAAAGAUGUACGUAAUAUAAUUAAUAUUAUAUUUAAAAUAUAUUUACGAAUAUAAUAUGUAAAAUUAUUGUUGAAAAACGGACAUGGAAAAGCAGCGUUUAUAUUUUGAAUUGUUCUCAGCCAACAUAUAAAAUGUAGAUACUAUAGUGAUGUCGAUUUUCCGAAUUACGGAUAAACCAAAUUUUCAUAUCCAUUAAUCCGAAAUCCGAAUUAUUGGGAUAAUUCGAAUAAUUUUAUUUUAAAAUAAAUACGUUAUUCAAUAAAAAAACAGACAUGUUAACACACUACACUUUGGGUAUAAUAGUAAUAGUCAGUUACACGUAGAUGUAUCAUAUUAUACGAAAUAAAUUGAAGAAGUCGGAUGGUUAAAGAUAUUAUUCGAAUUUUUCGGAUUAUCCGAAUAAACUUUAUUUCAAUAUCCGGUUUCGGAUACCUGAAUUAUCCAGAUUAGGUUUAGGCGCUAGAUACAUAACAAAAUUAUUAAUUAUUUUUUUAACGGAUAAUUAAAAAAAAAUAGAAAUUUUCUUAUUUUAUAAUAUUAAUAACGUGAAUAUUUGGAAGUGAUGUAUUGUGUACGUUUGUCAGACGUAUAAUACGAUGUAAAGGAUGAUUUAGAGGUUAAGUAGUUGGAGGAAAAAUAGGAAGAACCAGACAAACAAGAGAUUGCAUCGAACAAUGAGAAACCAAGAUAUUUAUCUGGAAAAGUGACAUGGUGGUGUCCAAGUCACCAUCCUUUAGUUCCCAAAAAUUUUGUCACGGAGUGUGCACUAGUUUUUAAACUUUUUUAGUAUUAGUAUUAUUUUUUAUUUAACUAAAUAGCUGGUAAUGUAAUAUGAAAGGUUUUGGUCUGGAUAUAUCCGUUCAUCCUUCUACCGUUCCUGUUUGAUGGCACCUAGGUCUCGAAAAACAUCAGACCUCUAUCACCAAUAGAUGAUAAAAUAUUAUAGGCCUUUAAGAGCUAAAGCCCAGUUAUAGACCCGUUUAAAUAAUAUACAUUGUUUAUUAUUUUUUUGUAAAUUUGUAUUUGUUAAUAAAAUUACAUUCAUUAACCAUGUAUUACUAUAUUAUGUAUCGCCUAAAUAUUGUUGCGUAUUUAAAGUAUAAUAUAACAUAUUUAUCUGUCUGAUAAACACUUUUAUAUAUUUAAGGAAUUAUUUACCGGAUCCAAGUACAAGUUUAAAAAUGAAGGAGACGUGUAUAAUUUGAUAAUUAUGGCACCGAAAGUAGAAGAUACUGGAAAAUAUACUAUUGAAAUAGGCGGUGUUACCUCGACCGCGUACCUUAACGUAGAAGGUAAAAAUAUUUUACUCGCAUUGUUAUCAAACAUAUAAUUAAACACAGUUAAGAUAGUUAACAUAAUUAUCAAAUGAUUAUCAUAAUAAUACGAUAAAUAAAUAUCAUCAAUGUAUUAAAAUAUCAUAUCAAUGGUUCCAUCAUUAUAAUGACUUUUAUUCAAUUAUUUUACAAAUUGCAACCUAACCUAACAUUACAAAUUCAUUUAAAAUAACUACCAAAUUAAAAAUUAUUAAUAAAAUAUUAUGAAUUUUGUUAUAGAGCCUGCACCAGUUUAUACGUUUUUGCGGCCGCUCGAAACCACUACGGAUGGUUUUACAAAACACGAAACCAGUAUGGAAUGUACAGUUAGCAGUAGUAUGGCCAUUAUUGGUUGGUAUAAAGAAAAGACCAAAUUGUCGGACGGUGAUAAGUAUAGUAUGUCUAAAGACAUGAGUGGAAUUUGUCGACUGACAAUUAAAAAUUGUGAGCUAAACGAUAGUGGUAAAUACUAUUGUCGCAUAGAAAAACAGGACGAAAAAACAUCGUCAACACUUAAAAUAGUUGGUAUGUCAAACAUAUUAUUAACUGUCAAUCAAAUAUUUUGUCAACUAUUAUAUUAUAUGUAUUUCAUAUAGAAUAUCCGUACAAGUUUGUGAAAGUGCUCAAACAUCAAACAAUGAUCGAAAAAGAUACGGUGACAUUGCUAUGCGAGUUGGACGAUGCAGCAGGUGAUGUAAAAUGGUCUAAAAAUGGCCAGGAGCUUAAAGCUGACAAGAGGUAAACAAUAUUUAAUUUUUUAUUUAAGUAGUAUCAUCUCAUUAUCGAAUGUUUGUAUGUUAUGUUAGAAUUCGCAUAGUAAAAGAAGGUAGAAAAAGGAAACUGAUAAUUAAUGAUGCGAAGGUUACCGAUGGCGGUCUUUUCGCGUGUACAACAAAUGCUGACAAAACUGAAGCAGAGCUCAUUAUUAAAUGUGAGUAAAUUUUUAUGAAAAAUAUAUAUUUAAACGUGUGAAUUAUAACUUUAUCAAUCUAUAUUGAUUUGUCAAUCAAUUGUGUAAUCAAUAUUAUAUGGACUUAGAUCAAAACAAAUUCAACAAAAAACUGAAGGACACUACUGGGAUAGAAAGGGAAAAGGUCGUGUUGGAAGUUGAACUCCAAGAUCAAACGGCUCCUGCCGAAUGGUUCUUUGAUGAUAAACCAAUCACAACCUCCGAGAGGUAUAUUCAAAAUUAGUUUUUCAUCGAUAAUACCUACUCAAUUUAAUAAUAUUUUUUUCAUAGAAUCGAAAUAAAAAAUUUGGGUGGUGGCAAACACCAAUUAAUAUUCAAUAAACUAGAAUUGAAAGACGCCGGCGCAAUUAUGUGCAAAUCGAAUGAGCUCACCUCACUUUGCAUAUUGGAAGUAAAGAAAGGAGAAGAAAAGCCAAUAAUUACGUUUGACGAAAAUGUUGAAGCUCCUGUGUCACGGCCAAUUAGUUUCGAAGUUCCUUAUAAAGGUAUCGUCAUAAUAUAUCAUAUAGAGAGUAAUCAAUCAUCCAUAAGGAAAUCAUUAUCUCGGAACGUAACCUAUAACCUUUUUUAUACAUUUUUUAAAACUAUUUAAGAAAAAAAAAACGUCACUAAAAUUUUACAUUUUAGCAAUCAUUUUAUAACCUUUAUUUUUUGGGAUAAAAAUCACUUAUCUAUCUACUUAUGAUUUUCGAACGCCGUGCGCCCCACCGUUAUAAAAAUGAUACUUAAUUACUUUUCCUCUAAUCAAACUAAAAAAUUAAAUAUUUUUUAAUGGGUUAAUGUAAAUUAUAUAUUUUAACAUCCACAUUUAUUUAAAUUUAAACUUCAUUUAUUCAUGGAAUUUUGAAUAUAGGCUGCUAUUGAAAAAACAUAAGGAGGUAGUGAUUUCACUCUAAAAAUAAAGGCGACGAAAAACAACGGUAAUGUAACAUUUUAAAACUCCUUGUUUCAUAAAUUGUUAAAAAAAGAAUUUCGAAACAAUUAAACUUUUCGAGAUAAUGAGUGUCUUAUCGUGGAUUAAUCUCCCAGUAUGUAUAUACUAUUCAGUAUUAGAUCUUAAUUGAAUUAAUUUUUAGUAAACGGAACGCGACAAUCGGCUAUUGAUGCAAAACUUUUGAAAGACGGAAAGCCAUUGACUGCAAAGGAUGUAGAAGUCAUUGUUCACGACGACAAAGUUAUAUUCAAUAUCAAAAAACCUGCACAUUCUCUUUCGGGCAAAUAUCAAAUACAAUUGAAAAAUAACCAAGGAGAAGACGUAAAAGACGUUAAUAUUAAUAUGCAAGGUAAGUGUUAUGACUAAAACCGACAUAAAUAUUCUACCAUAACCAUAACCAUACCUAUCAUUAAUCAUAACAAUAAUGUGCGUCUUUAAUUUGUUUUAUGGAAUUACAGAUGUGCCGUCACCACCGAAUAAUCUGGAAGUAUCCGAUAUCUUUAAAACUAGCUGUAAACUCAAAUGGGAACAGCCGGAAGACAACGGAGGAUCUCCUUUAAUUCAUUACAUAAUUGAACGACAAGAUUUAACCGUGAAAGGUAUAAAAAUAAUUUAAUUAGGUAAAAAUGUUAUGCAGGAUUUGUAUUUAACUCAUUGUUCUUCAUAUUCAGGUGGAUGGCAGAAUAUCGGAGAAGUAAAAGCCAACUCUCCCUUAGUUUACGACGUCACCGAUUUAACUACUAAAAAAGAGUAUAAAUUCCGCGUGAAAGCAGUAUCGAAAAUUGGACCCUCCGAACCCACUCCUCUAACCAAAACUGUUUUGGCAAAGGAUCCUUGGGGUAAAACUCAUACAAACUAAAUGUAAAAUUCGGUUUGUAUAUAUAUUUUUUUGUACUAUAGAUGAACCUAGUAAACCGAAUGACGUAGAAGUCGUGGACUGGGAUAAAGACCAUGCAGAUUUAAAGUGGACAAAACCAACAAACGACGGAGGAGCGCCGAUUACCGGAUACGUCAUUGAGUAUAAGGUAAUAUUUAUAAACAAAAUUAUUAACAUAGUAUACAUAAUAUACAAAUCACAUAUGUUAAUUUCUUAAAAACAUUUAACCCUAUAGGAAAAGUUUGGUAAAGACUGGGUAAAAGGAAAAGUGUUUGAAGGAGAUAUAAAUUCGGCGACAAUUGACGGUUUAAAAGAAGGAGUUCAAUAUGAAUUCAGAGUACGUGCAAUUAAUAAAGCUGGUCCGGGUGAACCUAGUGAUGCAACAAAACCAAUUAUUGCUAAAUCAAGAUUUGGUAAUUAUUUCGACAGUACAAAAUGUUGAUUAUAUAUUUAUAAUAUUGCAUAUUUGUUUUAUAUUUGUAGUUAAGCCAUGGAUUAUUGGAGACGAUUUGAAAAAUAUAAUCGUUAAAAAAGGACAAGUGAUUAAGUAUGAUAUAAAAUACGGUGGUGAACCCGAACCUGAAGUUAUUUGGCAAAUAAACGAAACUCAAAUACAACCGGAUGGCGAUAGGUAAAAUAUCAAACUUAUUUUUUCUAUCUUUUGGAAACAGUAUUUUCUUUUGAAUAUUAACCAUGUAUAAUAAUAAUACUUGGUAAUAUUUUUAGAAUUACUAUUGAUAAAUAUGAACGUAAUUCAUUGUUAACAAUUCGACGAGCCGUGAGGAUUGAUAGUGGAAAAUACACUUUAAUAUUAAAAAAUAGUUCGGGAACAUUUGAAAAAACCGCUGAGGUUAUCGUUUUAGGUAUUUUUUUGUAUUGAUCAUGAAUUCGAACUGAAAUAAACUAACUGAGUUUUAUUUUUCAUAGACAAACCAUUGAACCCUACGGGACCGCUGAAAGCCGAAGAAGUGAGAUCAGAUCACAUAACGGUAUCUUGGAAAAAACCAAAAGACAAUGGUGGCUCAGAGAUAACUGGCUAUAUUCUAGAGAAAAUGGACAUGGACACUGGUCGUUGGGUGACAGCUGGCGAGGUAAAAUACAUAUAAAACAACUAAUAUUAUAUUAUUGUGCAUCAUAACUAACAAAAUUAUGUACUUAGACUGGCCCCGGAAAAGAAACGUUCACGUUGAAUAAUUUAACUCCGAAAAAGAAAUAUAAGAUUCGUGUUAAGGCAGUAAAUAAAGAAGGAGAAUCAGAACCACUUGAAACAACUGAAGAAAUAUUAGCCAAAAACCCAUACGGUAAAAAUUUAAAUGUUACUGCAAUAUACAAACUCAAUAAUAAGGCUUUAUAUUAAAAUAUAUUUUUUUUUAUAAUUCAGACGAACCUGGUGAACCAGGAAAACCAGAUAUCAUAGAUUAUGAUAAUAAAAGUGUUACUUUGAAAUGGAAAAAACCAGAAUCCGACGGCGGAAGGCCGAUUACACACUAUUUAGUAGAAAUGAAGGAUAAAUUUUCGUUGGAAUGGACUGAAGUGACGAAGACGCUCGAUAAUAGUCCCGAAGUAAAAGUUGAAGGUUUAAAAGAAAAAAUGGUUUACCAGUUCCGAGUAAAAGCUGUAAACAAAGCUGGACCGGGAGUCCCAAGUAAACCGACAGACGCUCACACUUGCAAACACAGAAAUUGUAAAUAUCUUAUAUUUGUAUACCUAAUCUUGUUGUGGUUAAUGUUGUUAAAUUUAUGCUUUUAUACAAAAGCCGAUUUUGUACUGUCAGUCUUAAUACUAGAGUGUAUUAUCAAACUUAGAGGUGAGAACAUUGUUUAUUUUUAAACGUUAGUUUUUUUUGUUAAUAUUUUAAAUUUUCUAAUGAGUUACGAAUAUGUGAAAUAAUACAAUUUAAAAAUCAACAAAUCUGGCUUAAAAAUCGAAAUAUCGAGAAAGAAACCGGCAGACAAACAUAAACAAUGGUCUUACCUUUAAGUUUAAUUAUGGUCUAAAUACAAUCUAACAUUAAAACGAACAAGCUAAAAUCGGUUAAAAUAUAAAUAAUGGUAUUAAGCGAAUUUUAAAACAUCAAUCGUAACAAACUAUAUCAAUAUAUAUAAAAUUAGAAUAUGCAAAUUAACAUACUUCUCAUCAAUUUAGUGAAACCAAGAAUCGACAAAGAAGGCAUGAAAAACAUAAUGGUCAAAGCGGGUAGAAAUCAAAAGUGGAUAGUAGACGUGUCUGGAGAACCAGCACCGACGCUCAAAUGGAUAUUUAAAAAUGAAACGUUGGUAAAUAACGAUAGAGUGAAAAUCGAAAACAUCGAUUAUCAGACCACAUUGACAAUAACCAGCGCAAUUCGUAAAGAUACUGGCAUAUACACGCUUGUAGCAGAAAACACAUCUGGUAAAGACGAAGCAACUCUCGAGUUCACGGUUUUGGGAAAACCAGAUUCCCCAAAAGGACCAUUGGAAGUGACUGAUAUCACAAAGAAAAGCUGUAAAAUAAAAUGGAAGAAACCGGAAGAUGACGGUGGCUCUCCAAUUACAGAGUAUGAAGUAGAAAAAAUGGACAUGGCCACUGGAAAAUGGGUUAGGGUUUGUAAGGUGCCGGCCAAAGAUAACGGUAAAGAUCCCGAAGUGGAAAUAUCUAAUUUGGAACCGGGUGGUGAAUACAAAUUCAGAGUGACGGCGGUAAACAAAGAAGGAGAUUCUGAACCUCUUACAACGACUAAAUCCAUUAUUGCCAAAAAUCCAUUUGGUAAAUACAAUAUAAAAAAAUAUAAUAUAGUAGACAAAUAUUUAAAAUUUUUUUUUAAAUCUUUUUUUAGACGAACCAUCCAAGCCUAAAACACCAGAAAUCAUUGAUUACGACAAUCAAAGUGUAACUUUGAAAUGGGUAGCUCCAGAAAAAGACGGUGGUGCUCCUAUUGAAAAAUAUAUCAUCGAGAAAAAGGACAGGUACAUAAUAAACUAAUGACGUACAUAUUCUAACUGAAUUACAACAAUCAUAAUUGGAUUGGUACUAAAUGUUCUCAUAAAUGAAAAGUGUGUCGUUAAUUUAAACAUAUAAAUCUCUAAAAAUAUAUAAUUUUUAAUUCUAUUUAGACUUUUUAAAUUCGUGGUUUUAGACAUAUUAUUAUAUUAUUUAAGUUUUUAAAUGAUCGAUAAUAAUUGUCGAAAAUAUUACAAGGUUUAAUUUCGCAUUAACUGAAUUUUUCUGAUUUAAUCCGAGUUGUAUACAUUUCUAAUGAAUGGAUACAAAUUGUAAACGAGCCCUUGAUCUUUACAAAUAAUUUCUUGUUCUCAUCUUUCAUUUUCAUACCAACUGCUUAGAGUCGGCCACCUUCAUUUAAAAUUCGACUCGAUUUUCACAUCGUUCUUGCGUACACCUGCUGUCCUAAUAUUAUUCUAAAUCGCACCCAACAACCUGUUUUUUGGUUUUCUUCUCUCCUACUUGUCCUCAUCCAAGAAUAAAAUAUAAUAAAAAAUAACCGACUUCUACUAAAAAUAAUGCUAAUUUUUUAAUAUUUACUUUCAUACAUUAUACAUUAUUUAUAUAACUGAUUCGAGUUAUCGUGGUUUUACAGCGUUCUACUACAUUGAAUAUAAUUUAUAGGAGAAAAAAACUAAAUUUGUUUGUCUUUAUAGAUUUAGCCAAGAAUGGGAGUAUGCUUUAGAAGUUCCGGCUACUGAAUUGAAAGCUAAAGUGCCAGAACUAAAAGAAAAGUCAGAACUUCAGUUCCGUAUUUCGGCAGUCAACAAAGCGGGAGCUUCGCCCGCAUCGGAACCUACGAAAAUUCAUAUUGUUAAACACAAAUCAUGUAAGUUAAAUGGUUUGAUUUUAAUAAACGAAACCGCUAAAUUCGUAUGUUGAUUUUAGUGAAACCUAGAAUUGAUCGCACCAACUUGAAAAGUAUUGUUGUAAGAGGAGGAAAAACAGUAAAAUACGAUGUCAAUAUUAAAGGCGAACCUGCACCGACUGUCAAGUGGCAGCUCGUUAACAAAGAGGUAUACAUUAUUUUAUUUUAUUCAGAAUAUUAUAUAUUUUACAAAUUUACUAUUAUCAAAUGACAAAUGAUUCAUUUGUUUCGAAAAUUCUACAUGAAAAUUUAAUUAUGCACAAUAAAAUAUGCGGUUUUUAUGAAAUGAAAAACAAUAUGUUUCACGUUUUUACAUCUUGUGAUUUGUGAUUAAUCACUAAUUGCGCAUAUUUAAAAAUUAUAUGUAUCUGUAUUUUAUAAAUUACUUACUUGAAAUAAAAAUACUUCAAACAGGUAAAAUAAGUAGGUAAAUAUAAUUUAAUUUUGUUAUAAUAUUGCACAUAAAAUAUUUCGGUGCAAUUACAUUUUAUAUAACGGUUCCUCUUAAACCAUGAACAUAUUAUUUUUCAUAUGUGUUAAUACACAUAUUAUAUACAUAUAUAUAUCAUAGAAAACAAUGAUAGUAAAUUAUUUAUAUAAACAUGUUUUUGAGAAUUGUAUUUUUAAUACAAAUUCAUUUUGAGGGAAAGUUGAACCUGUGGGGAAUUUACAAAAUGUUAUCCUUUAGUGUAAAUCAGUCCACGCGACGAAAUUUCUAAGUACGUGAAAUAAGUGUCCCGAAAUAUUUUUUUUUUUUGUUUGGGAAAGACGAGUAACAAAAAUAGCCUACCCGUCCUUUACCCAACAACGCCUUUCAAAUAUUUAAGUUCUAAAACCACCGACCUCCAUACAAAAGGUGGACGGAAUCUACACGUAGUAAGUGUUUGUAAGUGUGUCCCUUUACGUAAAAUUUUUUUUAUUAUGCAAAUAUUUUGAAACAAACAAUCGUUUAUCGAACCACCAGAAAGGUAUUGUAGUAACUCGAAAAAUGCGAUUUUAAGUUACACCCUUUUUCCAUGGUAAAAAUAUAGUUCUUUACGAUGCAAUAUCGUAGUUUUAGAAAAUAUGGUAAAGUAUUAAGAAAAUUAUAAUUGGUUACUGUGAAUGUUAAAGUAAAUUAUUUCGUAAAAACGCCUAAUUAUUUUACAGUUAAUUUGAAUAGUUUGCGUACUAGUGUUUUAAUUAAAAAAAAGUAAGGAAGUUCGUACAUUAGAUAAUUAAAUUUUGAAAAAAAAUAAUAGGUUGCUUUUAAUGCAGUAUUGUAGGAUCUUAAAAUAAUUCAAUAUUGUAAUACAAUUAAUUUAAAUUGUUAUAGUGUGUUAAUACUAGGAUAUUGAGUACCACGGAGGCUUUGAUGAGAAUAUGAAACAUAGGACUGAGUAUGGUUUGAUAAAGUGUAGAAAAGCUUACGGUUUUUUAUGUGAUAGGAGAAUUCCAAUGAGAAUUAAGGUAAAGAGCUACAAAAGUAUAGUGAGACUAUGCGGUAUGGUUCGGAGUGUUGGGCGGUAAACAGAAAAAUAAAACAGAGCAAGAGUGUAGCAUAAAUUAGAAUGCUUUGGUGGAUAAGUGGAAUGUCAAGAAAAGAUAGGAUAAGAAAUGAGUGUAUAAGAGGUAGCGUAAGCGCGGCUUUGAUUUUAGAUAAAAUGAGAAAAAAUAGGCUGUGAUGGUCAGAAAAAAAAAGAAAUCAGAAGCAUUAAGAAUUGUAAUUAAAAUAAAUUGCAGGAAGCAAGAGAAAGGAAGAAGAUAGAAAAAAGGGAUUGAAUGAUUUGAAUGUGAUUGAGAAUGAUAUGUCAAUCAGUGUAUGCCAGGUGGGAUGUCGGGUCAAAAGGAAGUUUUGAAUGAGGGUGAUCGACCCCAAGUAGUUGUAAUGAAAGCGAAGAAGAAGAAAAUAUUAUAAUGCGUUUAGUCCACUAAACAAAUUUACUAAUUAAAAAAGGGAUUUUUUUUCAUUUUAUAGUUUAGAUAUACAAUUUUAUUUAUAAACUACUAAAUCCAAAACUGUAUGAUAAAAAAUAGAAUAGUAUUUGUUUCACAGACACCUGAGUAAAAACUUAAAUCUUUUUUUUUCAAAAUAUGGUUUUUCGAGUUACACAACCAUUCUGAUAGACCAAUAGGAUCUUAUUCUUUAUUAUAGUUGUUGAAAAUUUUUUUUUGUCUUUCCGAUCAUUUUAGAUCGAGGCAUGUCCUUUAACAUAAGACUAUACAAUUGAAAAUUUUACUUUAUUCAAUUAGGCAAAUUUUUAAGUAGAUACCACUGUUGAUUUUUAUAAAUUAAAUUUGUAUAAUUUUAUAAUAUUAUAUAAAUUCUACACAGAAUCAAACAAAUUUAUUUAUUUUAAUCUUAUUAUAUAAUAUAUAUAUAUAUAUAUAUUUUUUUUUAAUAAUGUGUUAUUUAAAAUAACUUUUACAUUUCAGACUGACGAACUUAUAAGAGAUGUGAGUAAAAUAAAAAAAAUCUCGUGAGCUACGUAGAAAGAGUUUUAAUAUUUGUAGAAUUGAAAUAAAUGUUGGUUAUAAUUAUUAUAUUAUAGUGAUGGUUGGUUUUUAUAGUUUACCAAAGUAGUUAUUCUAAUAUCAGUAUACUGAAAAAUUUGUCGACAUAUCAAACAAAUGUAGAAAUAAUUGUAAUUAGAUAAUUAUUUUUAGAGCUGUAGAUUUAAUUUUAAUAUACGAUUUACGUCAUAUACUAAUAUGACGUAUUGGUGCUUUGUUGAGUAGUUUUUGUUUGUGCGUAUAUAUUACUUUUAAAAUAUUAUAUUAUUUGUUUUACCCACAUUAGAAUGUUGUAGAUCGUAAAUAAUUGCCUUUUUAGUAGAUACAGAAUUUUUUUUAUUGCAAAGUAGAAUUUGAUUAAUGAUGCUUAUUUCAGAGUUAAUAGUAGAUAAAGGUAAUUGCUAAACAAGUUUGAGUGUUUACUGCACUAUAGUAUACUAGAAAUAAUUACUAUAAAUGAAAAAUGAUUUGGAAUUAAAUUAUACAAUACGAGCAUUUUUAAAACAAUAUUUUAUAACGACUAUAUAGGUAAUCUCCGAAGGAAAUGUAAAAAUCGAAAACAUACCGUACAACACCAAAAUUACAUUGUCAGAUACUGGACGUAAAGAUUCCGGUUUGUAUAAAAUUAUUGCUGAAAACGAUUUCGGCAAGGACGAAGCUACUGUUGAAGUUACCGUUCUAUGUAUGUGAUAAACAAUUAUUAAUGCCACGUAUUAAGAUAAAUAAUUUAUUAUUAAUUAAAUUUUAACAUUAAAAUAGGUCCUCCAACGAGACCUCAAGGUCCACUUAAAGUGAAGGACGUUACGAGUAGUGGGACCAAAGUUAAAUGGGACAAACCAAAAGACGAUGGUGGAAAACCCGUUACGGCGUAUGUGGUGGAAAAAAUGGAUGCUCAGACAGGACGUUGGAUUCCAGUUGGUCGUACGGCAGAACCGGAAAUGGACAUUAAAGGCUUGCAAGAAGGCCAUGAGUAUUCAUUCAGAGUAAAGGCUUUGAACGAAGAAGGUGAAUCCGAGCCGUUAGAAAGCGACGGCAGCAUAGUUGCAAAGAAUCCAUUCGGUAAAUACAAUUUUAUAAUGACAAUAACGUCAAAAACACAUUAUUAAACAUUUAACUAUUUACAGAAAUUCCUGGCAAACCCGGUACUCCAAAAAUAACAGAUUGGGAUGUCGAUAGAGUAGAUUUGACAUGGACUGAACCUAAACACGAUGGAGGAGCGCCGAUAACUGGAUAUAUUAUUGAGAAAAAAGAGAAACUUUCCACUGUAUGGGAAGAAGUUUUGACCACAAAAGUACGUAGAAAAACAUGACUAUACAAAUCGAUAUGGUAGAUACAUUUCUAAUAAAAAAAUUAAUUUUAGACGCCAGCUUGUCAAUCAACUGUAAAAGAUCUUAAAGAAGGAAAUCAAUAUCAAUUUAGAGUUCGUGCAGUGAAUAAAGCAGGACCUUCUGAACCAAGUGAUGCGACCAAAAUGCACACUGCAAAAGCUAAGAACUGUAAGAACAUUUUACCAACAAAUACUAAUUGUUUUUAAAGUCUAUUAAAAAAAAUUGUAUUUUCGUAUCAUUUGUGUAUACAAAUUAUUUGAGUGGUUAAAAUAAAUAUAAAAUUGCAUUUCUUUUAAUUUAGUAAAACCGUUGAUCAACCGUGAUAAAUUACAAAAAGUAGUUGUAAGAGUUGGUCAAGUUGUAAAAUUUGACGUUGACGUUCGCGGUGAACCUCCACCAACAAUGAUUUGGUCAUUCGGUAGUAAGCCGUUGAUAAAUGGACGUUCAGUGAAAAUCGAAAACGAAGAUUAUAAUACUAAACUUACUUUGUCUGAUAACACAAGGAAAACUUCAGGGCUCUAUAGUUUACGAGCAGAAAAUGCAUCUGGUUUUGACGAAGCUACAGUAGAAGUAGUUAUUUUAGGUAAGUUUUCAAUAUUUUUCUAAAUUACUAAUUUGAAUUAAAAUCCAGAGAAAACUAGGUUACAUGAAAUAGUAUUUUUUUAAGUUACCAUGUAUUUUUAACAUUUAAAACUCUUUUUUUUUCCUAUUUUCCAUAGAUAAACCUGGACCUCCAGGUGGGCCUCUCGAAACCACCGACGUACACAAAGAAGGAUGCACAUUACACUGGAAUAAGCCCAAAGAUGACGGUGGAUUGCCAAUUACUGGUUAUUUGGUUGAAAAAAUGGACACUACUACUGGAAAAUGGGUACCGGCAGGCUUUGUCGAUCCAACUAAACUUGAACAUAAAAUAAACGGUCUUGAACCUAACAGAAAGUAUAAUUUCCGAGUAAAAGCAUUGAAUGAGGAAGGCGAAUCGGAACCAUUGGAAUCAGACGGUUCAAUUCUUGCUAAAAAUCCUUAUGGUAUAUAUAUUUUUUUACUUCGACACGUUAUAUUAUUAUUAUAUGAUUUAUACACUAUUUAAAUUACAUUUGUCUAUUUUUGUUUAUUUGUUAUAUAAAGAAUUUUCAUAUUGAUCUUAAUGAAACUCUACACACUUGACAUUCAAAAUAAGAUAAUAAAAUAAGGUGUAUACAUUUAAUCUCGAAAUUUAAUACCACAAGGGUGGACAACAUAGGGUUUUUGGGUUUUUCGGAAUUAAAAUUGAAUUUUUUUUUUAAAUUUAUGGGUUGCUUUUGCUACACGGAUGAAAAAAAUACUUUAAUUUGUUUAUUAAAUUGUCACAGAUAAAUAAGUACUCUUUUUAAAAGAUUAAUUACCGGGUCACAACGUUUAACUGUGAUGAGAAUAAGUUAAAUUUAAUUUAUUUUAUUGAUUUUUGUUUUUUAAGGAUUGAACCUUAAAAAUACAGACUAAUUCUGUUAGUUAUGUAUACAAUUUUAAAACCCCUUAUAAUUGCCCAAUUUCACGAAAAUCGGACUUGAUGUUAAUCAAUGUUAUUCAUUUAUUUUAAACAGAUACCCCAGGUCCUCCGGGAUUACCGGAAGUUAUUGAUUAUGAUGAAAAUAUGGUCGAGUUAAAAUGGGAUGCACCAUUUAGGGAUGGCGGAGCUCCAAUAACAGGUCGGUAUAAAAUGUUUUACAAUACUAUUAUCGUAUCGUUAAGGAUUAUUUUUGAACUCUCACAUUAUUGUGCUAUUUGUUGUAUGAAUAAAAAAAAAAAAAAAAUAUUUAUUUUCAUUAAUUUACCAUAAUAAUAUUUUUAGGAUAUAUAAUCGAAAUGAAAAGCAAAUAUGACAGUUCGUUUGUGAAAGCUGCCGAAGUCACAGGAAAUGUUUGUAAGGGGAAAGUACCGAAAUUAGAAAACGGACAACAAUACCAAUUCCGAAUACGUGCUGUUAAUAAAGCUGGACCUGGUGAACCUAGUGAAGAGUCUCUUACUCAUAUAGCUAAAGCAAAAUUCAGUAAGUAGUAAUUAUAGGUAAUAAUUUGGAAACAAACAAGUUAUUAUACUCGUGAAUUUAUUUAUAUCUAUAGUGAAACCAAGAAUAGACAGGACUAAUUUGCAAAACAUUGUAAUGAAAGUUGGCCAUACAAAAUUAAUCGACGUGAACAUAAGCGGAGAGCCUGUACCAGCUGUCACGUGGUCAUUUAAAGAUGCUGUAAGUUAUUACUUAUUACCUAAAUCGUUUUUAUUGUUCGCAUACAAAUUCGUGUUAUAAUAUAUUUUAUCGAACUUAAUGUUAUACAUAUUAUCCAAUUGAUAAUGUUUUCGCCAUAUUCCAAUAAAAUAUAUUUUAAAACAUUUACCAAUCAUUAUCUUAUAUAUUUAAAACAAAUUUUCAAUUAUAUGCAAUAAUAUAACUGAUAUUAAUAUGCGUGUUCUUUGUUUUAGGAAUUAACUACAGGAAAUUCGCUCGAAAUCACUAACAUGGAAUACAAUACAAAAUUAAUGAUCAUCAAAGCAUUACGGUCCCAUCAUGGUAUUUAUACGAUUAAUGCCAAAAACUCUGUCGGAGAAGAUACAGCGACAUUUGAUAUUACUGUCUUAGGUAAAAAAUAAAUAUUCAGCAUGUUAUAAAAAUGACUUGUUUAAUAGUGUAUCAUCAAAUUAUAAUAACAUGUUUAUUUCCAUAUACGGUAUUGUAUGAGUUUUACAUUAUAAUGCAAUUUUUAGGAAAACCUACAAAGCCUGGAGGUCCGCUCGAAGUAACCGAUGUAACGAAAAACGGUUGCAAAUUAAAAUGGAAAAAACCAGAUGAUGACGGAGGCGCACCUAUUGAGUAUUACGAAAUUGAAAAACUUGAUCCAUUAACUGGACAAUGGAUACCAUGUGGUAAAUCCAAUGAACCAGAAGCAAAUAUCACUGGUUUGCAAGAAGGUAAACAAUACAAAUUCCGCGUGAGGGCAGUCAAUAAAGAAGGAGAAUCAGAUGAUUUAGAAGCUGACAAAUUUAUUGUGGCGAAAAAUCCAUUUGGUAAAAAUGACUUUUACAUUUUUGUUAUAAUAGUGAAUAUUCUAAAUAUUCCGUUUCAUUAAACAGACGAACCAAGCAAACCUGGACGGCCAACCCCGACAAAUUGGGAUAAAUCAUUUAUUGACCUUGAAUGGGAAGCACCUGAAUCAGAUGGUGGUGCACCAAUCGAAAGUUAUAUUAUUGAAAUGAGAGACAAAGAUGAGAGGAACUGGGUUAAAGCUCUUGUUCUUCCAAAUAAGUAUGUUUUAAUUUAAUUUAUGAUUUAUUGAUUUAUUUUUAUUCUACUUAUUUGUAUGAUUUAUCUAUAUUGAAUGUGACUUUCGUAAAAAACCGAUCGACAUUAAUCACAUUACAUAAUUAAAUUGAUUAAUAUUACGUAUUGAUUUUUAUUUAUUUUUUAGACGGUCUGGUCGAGUUACAGAUGUUAUUGAGGGUCACGAAUAUGAAUUUAGAGUGAUUGCAGUUAACAAAGUUGGACCUAGUGAACCUAGUGAUAUUUCUAAGUCCGUUGUUGCUAAACCACGAUUCAGUACGUAGUUUUAAAAUAAUAAAUACUACUAAAUAAAGUUUAUAAUAGAUAGGUACUUAUAUUAUAAUACUUACUAAAUUGUGUUGUAUUAUUGUUUGUAGUGGCCCCUAAAAUUGACCGCAAGAACUUGACAAAGAAAGAGAUUCGCAGAGGAAAAUUCUUGAAAUUCGAAGCAGACGUUGAAGGAGAACCCGCUCCUACGAUAACAUGGACAUUUAAUGGUCAGACAAUAUUAUUUAAUGACAGGUAAUAUUAUUUUGGAAUAUUAUGUAUUAUUGGAUAUUUAUUGAUUGACAUAUUUUUGUUAGUUAUAUUGUAUUAUAUGUAUGUUGAUAGUUGUCUAAUAUGUCUAUGUGUUUUAAUAAUUGUAUUUUAGGUUGACUAUUGAAAGUGAGGACUAUAGAACUACAUUUAUAUUACAAAAAGCCAAACGGUCCGAUUCUGGAAUUUAUACCAUAACCGCAAAAAAUGACUCUGGAACAGACAAAGCUGAAGUUGAAAUUGUUGUUCUCAGUAAGUUUUACUCAUUGUUAUUAUUAAUACAACUGUAUUAAAUUGUUUAUGUCAAAAAUUAAUAAUUGUCUUUGAAUAAAUACUUUUAGCUGCACCAAGCAAACCUAAAGGACCAUUAAAGGUGUCUGAAGUCACGGCUGAUGGCUGUGAACUUAAGUGGCAAAAACCAGAGGAUAACGGUGGUGUUCCGAUCGACCAUUAUAUCGUCGAACGAAUGGACACUGAAAUGGGACGAUGGGUUCCUGUGACCAUUUCUAAACUUCCGGAAGCCGAAGUUACCGGCUUACAUGAAGGCAAAGAAUAUCUUUUCCGUGUAAAAGCGGUAAACGCAGAAGGAGAAUCAGAACCUCUCGAAACUGAUUUCGGAAUCGUAGCAAAGAACCCAUACAGUUAGUAUUUAGUUUUGAAUAUUUUUAUUAUUGUACAAAUAUUAAUUACUAUUUGAAUAAUAGAUGAACCAGACCGCCCUGGAAAGCCAUAUGCCAAAGACUGGGAUAAGAGCAGUGUACAUUUAAAAUGGACACCUCCUGCAAACGAAAAUGGAGCACCAGUUACAUCGUAUAUAAUUGAAAAGAAAGAUCAAUACAGGUAAGAUAUUACUAUUUUUUUUUUCAUUUUUUCGUUUUAUAAAUAUUUUUUUGUUCUGUUUAAUAUUUGGACGACAAAAAUUGUUUUUUUAAUGUUCGGCGAUUAUGAUAUUAUUUUCAGCUCUAAAUGGCAAAAGGCUGCAGAAUUAAUUGGAAAUAAAUGUGAAGGAAGAGUUCCUGAUCUUGCUGAGAAUAUGAAAUACACGUUCCGUGUAAUUGCCGUUAAUAAAGGUGGUUUCAGUAAACCAAGUGAACCUAGUGACCCAGUGAUCACUAAAGAUAGGAAUGGUAUGUUUAUUAACACUAUAAAAUCUUAAUAGAAAUUAUCAAUAAAAAAUAAAAUACAAAUGAAUGUUUUUUUUUUUUUUUAAAUACUCUAGUUGCUCCUGUCAUUGAUAGAAGUACACUCAAGAAUUUAACAUUGAAAGCUGGCCAACACGUGAAAAUUGAUGUAAAAAUUAGCGGAGAACCUCCUCCAACAAAAAUAUGGUACCAUAACAAAGCACGUUUAGAAAGCAAAGAAAACUUUAAUGUUGAGUACGAGGAUUAUAGAACUAAAAUCUCAAUAUCUAUUGCCGAAAGGUCUCAUACCGGAGUAUAUGUCAUUAAAGCCGAAAAUGAUUCGGGCAAAGACGAAGCGACAUUUGAUAUAACUGUAUUAGGUACGGAAAUUAUUAUUAUGACAUGCUAUUAUUGUGUACCAAUUAAUUAAACGAAAUGCUUUUAUUUUGAUUUUAGACAAACCGGGAAAACCAGAAGGCCCGAUUAAAAUAUCCGAUAUACACAAAGAAGGUUGUUCUUUGAAGUGGAAUCCACCACAAGAUGAUGGUGGUGUUCCGUUGAGUCAUUAUGUUGUCGAAAAGAUGGAUGCUGAAACGGGUAAGAAUUAUAACAUGAUAAAAACCAUAUACUUAUCAAUUGUUUUAAACGUUAUUUUGUAAUUUUAUUCUUUAGGACGUUGGGUACCGGCGGGAAGAUGUAAAGAGCCAAACUUAACUGUAUCUAAUUUAAUACCUGGCCAAGAGUACACGUUCCGUGUAUCAGCUGUAAACACCGAGGGAGAAUCUGAACCUCUAGUUGCUGAUCAUUCAAUUAUAGCUAAAAAUCCGUUUGGUAUGAUUUCACUAUCUACUUGUGUUUAAUAUAGCAAUAUUCUUUUAUUAUUGUCACGUUGUAAUUUUUAGAUGAACCGAAUGCACCGACUGCACCUAAGAUCGUCGAUUGGGAUAAAGAUUUUGUUGAUUUAGAAUGGGAACCACCUAUAAAUGACGGUGGAUCGCCAAUAACGGGUUACGUCAUUGAAAAACGAGAAAAGGGUACCACACGAUGGAUGAAAGCGGGAGAAUUAAAAGAACCAGUGACUCAGGGCCGAGCUGAAGAUUUAGAAGAAGGUGUCGAAUAUGAAUUUAGAAUUCGAGCCGUAAACAAAGCUGGACCGGGUGAACCGAGUCCACCUAGUCAAUCUAUAAUUACAAAACCAAGAAAAUGUACGUAUUUAAAUGAAAUUUAAACGAACUAAUUAUUUCUUAAGUUUGUUUAUUUAUUUUCAAAUUUUGAUUUUGAGUUCAUAAAUAUUAAGUGUUUUAAAAAUUUAUACUAACAAUGCAUUUUGAGUUUUAACCAGAAUAUAUUGAUGAAUUAUGAUUUGAUUGUGUUUUAUUCUUUUUAACAGUGGCACCAAAAAUAGAUCGCCGUAAUUUGAAAUCUCUAACCGCCCGAGAAGGUGAACCAAUUCUGUUCGACGUAAAAGUAUCGGGAGAACCGGCUCCGGAUGUAACUUGGUCAUACAACAAUAUUACCAUAACUUCUAACAGCGUGUAUCAAAUCAACAAUAUCCCGUACAAUACACGAUUUUACCAUUCAAAUCCAAUGCGUAGCGAUACGGGUAUUUAUAAGAUAGUAGCCACUAACAAAUACGGUGAAGAUGAAGAGGAAGUUGAAGUCACAGUAAUUUGUAAGUGAAAUGCUUUCAACAAUUAUUAAUGAUUCAGUGGAUUAACAUUUAUAUUUAAAAUGUAUAGCCAAGCCUGGCAAGCCAGAAGGACCUCUGGAAGUGUCAGAUGUACAUAAAGACGGAUGCAUAUUAAAAUGGAAAAAACCAAAAGAUAAUGGUGGCGAACCGUUAGAAGGGUACUUGGUGGAAAAGUUCGAUCCAGAUAAUGGAGUUUGGCUUCCGGUAGGACGUACUAAAGACCCGGAAAUGCAAGUCACUGGUUUAAUACCGGGGCAUGAAUAUAGUUUCCGUGUUAAAGCUCUAAACAGUCAAGGCGAAUCAGAACCACUUGAAACACUAUCUACUAUUGUUGCCAAAGAUCCUUUCAGUAAGAAUUUAAUUUAAUUAAAAAUGUUCUAAUGGUAAUAUUAAACUAAACAUUUCCAUCCAGCUAAUCCUGAGGCACCAGGUGCACCUGAUAUAAACGAUUGGAGUCAAAAUCAUGCUGACCUAGUAUGGAAAAAACCAUUUACUGAUGGCGGCACUCCAAUUACACAUUACAUCAUUGAGAAAAAAGACAAAUAUAGGUAACUAUUAGGAAUAUUAUCAUAGUCAAUUAUUUAAUUAAAAUAAUUAUAUAUUUUUUUAAUAUCUAAAUUUUAGUGGAGUGUGGGAAAAAGCCGGUGAAACGAUUAACGAACAACCUCAAGGAACUGUUAAUGGAUUGGUGGAAGGUCACGAAUAUCAAUUCCGUGUUAUUGCUGUCAAUAAAGCUGGUCAAAGUGAACCAAGCCGGCCGUGUGCAAACUUUAUUGCUAAACCACGAUACUGUAAGUGUAUAAUUGGUUUCAAUAUUAAAUGUUCAAAUCUAUAAUAUUUAUCUAAUAAUUUAAGAAAUCAUAAACAUUAUUAUUUUUAGUGGCUCCCCAUAUUGAUAGACGUAAUCUUAUGGAUGUAAAACUAUCAGCUGGUUCGUCGCUGAAACUGGACGCUGCUAUUACGGGUGAACCAGCCCCUCAUGUUGAUUGGAGAUGUGGUGCGAUGCCACUAAAGUACGUUUAAAAUAUAAUAUUUAUCCAAUCGAACGAAUAUAAACUAAUUCUCAAUAUAUAGAUCUGAACCGCAUGUCAAUAUCGAAGCCGUAGACUAUUAUACAAAAUUAGUUAUCCGACCGGUGAGUCGUGCUAACAGCGGUCAAUAUACAGUCACUGCUGUAAACAGUUCUGGUAAAGAUACUGCUAUUAUAAAUGUAACAGUGACCGAUAAACCUACUCCACCCGUUGGGCCACUUCAAGUAAUUAACUAACUUGUGAUAUUAAUAUUAUUUGAAUAGUACUAUUGUUACAAUGAAUUAAAAUUGUGUAUAAUUUAUAAUUUCAGGUUUCUGAUAUACAUAAAGAUGGUUGUAAAUUAAAUUGGAAAAGGCCGGAAGAUGAUGGAGGUACUCCAAUUGAAUACUAUUUGGUGGAGAAGUUUGACACUCAAAAAGGUAGUUGGAUACCAUGUGGAAGAUCACCGGAAACUGGUUGGUUCAAAUAAAUGCCGAUCACAUUAUUAAAUAUUAUCUCUUAUAAUAAAUUAUCAAUUUUUAGCGUUAACGGUCACUAAUUUGACCCCUGGCAAAGAAUACAAGUUCCGCGUAUCGGCUGUAAAUGCAGAAGGCGAAUCUGAACCACUCCAAACUGAAGAAUCGAUAAUUGCUAAAAAUCCAUUUGGUAAAAUACUUCCAUACCUAAUAACUCAUACCUAAUUAUAAUUUUAACAUAUCAUUAAAAUUUGGAUUGAUUUUGUUUAGAUGAGCCAGGUAAACCAGGUAACUUGGAAGUGACAGAUUGGGAUAAGAAUUUCGUUGACCUGAAAUGGAUACCGCCAAAAGAAGAUGGUGGUUCCCCGAUUACAGGCUAUGUAAUUGAGGUUAAAGAUAAAUCAGGAACAUGGGAAAAAGCAUUGACUGUACCAGCUGAUAAAACAACGGCCACAGUGCCAAAUUUGGUGGAAGGUGAAUCCUAUGUAUUCCAAGUAAGAGCUAUAAAUGCGGCUGGGCCGAGUGAAGCAAGUGAUCCAACCAAUACGAUCGUCACUAAGCCACGUAAUAUGGCUCCGCAUAUUGACCGAACAAACUUAAACGACAUAAAAAUCAAAGCUGGACAAACCAUUAGCUUUGACAUAAAAGUAAGUUGAUUUACUUAAAAAAAAAAAAAAAAAUCACUGUCUAAUUGAAUUAAUUUAUUACAAUAUAAUAAAACCUAACAGCUUAAUAGCUAAAAUGUACUUUAAACAAAUAUUUUAUUCAUUUUCAAAAAAUAUCUAUAGGUAACAGGUGAACCAGUUCCAAAAACAAAAUGGCUUAAAAAUCACAAAGAUGUAAGAAUAGGUGAUGGUGUGAAACAAACGCACGUAGAUUACAACACUAAAUUAAUUAUUCGUUUGGCGACAAGAGAAGAUUCUGGAACUUACAUGUUAACAGCUGAAAAUAUAAACGGAAAAGAUACAGCGUAUGCUGAAGUUACAGUUCUUGGUAAAAAAUAAUUAAUUAAUUAAUAUCAAUUAUUAACUAUAAAUAAUAUGAAUAAAAAGGGAACUACGAGUCUGGAUAUGAUAUGAUAAAAAAUGGAUCUACUAGGAUUGCUAUUUUGAUGAUUUUUUAAAUUUUAUUUCAGAUAAACCAAGCCCGCCAGAAGGACCACUUAAAGUAUCAGAUGUACACGGCGAAGGAUGUACAUUGAGCUGGAAAAAACCGGAAGAUGAUGGUGGCCAGCCGAUAGAAAACUAUAUUAUAGAAAAGUUGGACGAAGCUUUAGGUCGUUGGGUACCCGCUGGUGAAACUGAUGGACCUGUUACUAACUUUGAAGUUACUGAUCUUAUACCCGGACACAAAUAUAAAUUCAGAGUAAAGGCUGUUAACAAGCAAGGAAAAUCAGAUCCUUUAACAGCUAAUCAAAGCAUUGAAGCUAAAAAUCCAUUUGGUAAUAUUUUUAUUGAUACAAUAAUUACAAUUUAAAUAAGACAAGUUUAUAAUGCUGUAUUUUUAUUUACACAAAUUUGUUUUUAAUUUAUUAAUUUUAGAUGCCCCUAGUAGACCAUCAAAUCCUGUUAUCAAUGAUUUUGAUAGCGAUUUCGUUGAACUUGGAUGGGAUAAACCUAAAUGUGAUGGAGGAUCACCAAUUACUGGAUAUAUCAUUGAAAAGAAAGAUAAAUUUAGGUAAAACAAAACCUCUAUAAUUUAUUACAAAAAUAAUUUAAACAUAAUAAAUUAAAAAUAAUAAAAAUCAAUAAAUUUAAUUUAUGAAUACACAAAUUUUUGAAACGUUUUUACAAAUCAUAUAUUAUAUAAAUGGAAAUUAAUGAAAUUCAAUUGAUAAUUAAUUUUAUUUAAUUUAUGAUAAAAAGUUACUUUUUAAAAAAUAAGUAUACCAUGAAUGUAAACAUAAAUAAAUGUUAAAAUAAAACACUGUUUUCAUAAAUUUAUUUAUUUUUUUUUAACUUGUAUUUACAGUCCAACGUGGGUCAAAGCCGCUGAAGUUGUUGGCAAUAUAAACAGUGGAAUAGUACCAGGAUUAACAGAAGGUAAUACGUACGAAUUUAGGGUACGCGCUGUGAAUAAAGCCGGGCCCGGUGAACCGAGUGAACCAACAUUACCGCAUGUCGCAAGACUUAAAAAGUGUAAGGAAAUUUUUCUUUCGUUUUACCCUAAAAACUCACAAAUAAUUACUAAAAUUAUCUCUAAUCAGUUUCCAAACAAGCCUUCUUUCGUUUGAAUCACUUUUCGUCGUCUCUCUUACAUAACCUACUUAACCUGGAAUUUAACUCGACAAUCUAUAUAUCUAUAAGAUAUUUGUAUAUAAUUAUGAAAAAUUGUUUUUUCAGUGGCUCCUCAUAUUGAUCGAAACACUCUAUCAGACAUCAAAGUUCGAGCUGGUAAUAUGUUUGAGUUUGAUGUAAAAAUUUCCGGAGAGCCUCCACCAACAAAAGAAUGGUCUGUCAGAGGAGAUGUGCUCGUAAAAACUGAAAGCAUUAAUAUUAUAAACUACGAUUACUCAACAAAAUUGAAAGUAAUUGACGCAAAACGUUCUGAUGAUGGAAUAUAUUACUUAGUAGCAAAAAACAUUCAUGGAAUGGACAAAGCUUCAGUAAAAGUUACAGUUAUAGGUGCGUACCUUUUUACUAUAUAAUAUAAUCAGUUUUCUUCCUAUAACGUUAAACAAAUUCUUAUUUGGAAUGUUUAAAGAUGUACCGACGCCACCUGAAGGACCUUUACAUCCAACUGACGUAACAAAGAGUUCAUGUGUAUUAAAAUGGAAUCCACCAAGAGAUGACGGUGGAUCAGAAAUAACGCAUUAUAUAGUCGAAAAAAUGGACGCUGAUACUUCAAGAUGGGUUCCAGUAGGUGAGCCAGCAGGAACACAAUUGAGGUAUAUAUUAUCUUUAUUUUUAUUGAAAAAUAUUAAAUAUUUAAUGAUUAGAAAACUUUAUAAAGCACACUCUUAAAUACGAGUACUUAUAUAAACUAAUCAAUAAUACAUAUUUUUUCCUAUGUUUAGGAUUGACCAUUUGAUCGAAGGUCACAACUAUAACUUUAGGGUUAAAGCCGUGAAUAAAAUUGGUGAAUCUUUGCCAUUGACUACGUUCGAUAGCAUAACAGCAAAAGAUCCAUACGAAAAGCCAGAUAAGCCGGGAACACCAAAAGCCACCGGUAAAUUCAUUAUGAAAUUUUUUUUUUUUAAAUAACAAUAUCAUACAAAAUAAUGAUAUAAUAUUUAGAUUGGGGAAGGAAUUUUGUUGAUCUUGAAUGGACUCCCCCGAAGAAAGACGGAGGGUCGGAAAUAACACAGUACAUUAUUGAAAAACGAGAAAAAUACGGGUAAAUAUAAUUGAAUAUAAUUAAAUGUGUUAGUUAGUAACUCUAUUUGUACGUAGCUAAUCAAAAUUAUUUUGUAUUCGAUUCUAGCCCCUGGGAAAAAGCUACUACAGUAAAUGGAAAUAAAACUAAAGCUUCGGUUCCAAACCUGACCGAAGGUCAUGAAUACGAAUUCCGAGUUAUAGCUGUUAACAAAGGGGGACCUGGCGAUCCUAGCGAUCCAUCCGAAGUCAUCACAUGUAAACCGAAAUUCCGUAAGUAACUAAAUUACCAUUCAAAAUCCAACUGUUAAGAUAUAAAAACUAUUUCAUUGUUAAUUAUAUUAUGCACGUACAUUAAUAUUUUUUUAUAAUAAUUCUGAUCAUUCUUUUUUGUUUUUAUUUUUAGUUGAACCGUUAAUAGAUACUACAUUCUUACCAGACCUGAUUGUAAAGGCUGGUAAUAAAAUAAACUAUACCGUUCCGAUCGAAGCUGCUCCUAGACCAACAGUGAAAUGGAGUGUCAAUGACAAAUCGAUCGAAAGUGGCUCUAGAGUAGACAUACAAAUCUAUAAUAGUCAAGUCAUAUUUGAAAUACCGUUUUCAGUAAGAAAUGAUACAGGCCGUUACACGUUGACAUUGGAAAAUAAUUUAGGAAAAUGUUCAGCUUCGGCUCAUGUUACCGUAUUAGGUAAAAUAAUUUUAUUAAAAAAAAUAAAAAAUAACAAUAUUAUUAAGACAUUUUUAUACUUUUGUAAUCGAAAAUAAUUCAAUUUUAUUUUUAUUUUGUUUUUUAAUUAAACAGACCGACCCUCACCUCCUGUAGGACCGUUAGAUGUUUCUAAUGUCAGAAAAGAUGGAUGCAGAUUGAUGUGGAAAAUACCCAUUGAUGAUGGUGGUGCUCCAAUUUUGCAUUAUGUUAUUGAAAAAAUGGAUAUUUCCAGGGGAACAUGGUCGGACGCUGGAAUGACUACAUCUUUAUACCACGAUGUCAUACGAUUGAUUCACAAACGUGAAUAUUUGUUCAGAGUGAAAGCUGUAAACAGUAUUGGUGAAUCAGAUGUGUUGGAAACUGACAAAUCAAUAAUUGCUCGAAAUGAAUUUGGUAUGGUUGUAUGACAAUACUUUAAAGUCAUAAUAAUUUUACGAACAAAUUAUUUAUUGUAUAGAUGAACCUGAUGCUCCCGAGAAACCCGUCGUUACAGAUUGGGAUGAGAACUUUGUAGAGUUACAAUGGGAACAACCAAAAACUGACGGUGGAUCUCCUGUUACCGAGUUCACAGUACAAAAGAAAGAAAGAGGAAGCCCGUAUUGGGUAAAUGCUGUCACCGUGCCCGGAAAAGAAACAAAAGUAAACAAAUUAAAAUCUAAAAAAUCAUAUCUAUAAUAAAAAUAAAAAUAAAAUUUUUUUUUAACGUGGUGUUCUGUUACUUCAGGCAACAAUUCCAGAUUUGACUAAAGGACAAGAAUAUGAAUUUAGAAUCAUUGCCACGAAUAAAGCGGGACCCAGUCCCCCGAGUGAUCCAUCGGACCCAAUAAUCGUGAAUAAUAGAUAUUGUAAGAUAUUUUAUAAAUAUUUAUAACUAACUAAUAACAAAAAUAUUUUUCAAAUAUGAAAUUGAGUAAUUAUUAUUAUUUUUUUAUUUUUAGUGAAACCAAAAAUAAAGACACCAUUGAAAGACAUAUUCAUAAGGGCCGGAACAGUUUUACACGUAGAUAUAGAUUUUAUUGGUGAACCCCCUCCAGAUGUAACGUGGACACUAAAUGGAUCAGAAUUAAAACCAGAUAACAGAACGACCAUAACUUCUAUUGGAUACCACACAAUUAUGAACCGAGUAAAUUCAAAACGAGUAGACUCGGGAACGUAUAAUCUAUUGCUCAAAAACAGUUCUGGAACUGACGAAGGGUCGUUCGUUGUAACAGUAUUAGGUAAGCAAAAUAUUAUAAUAUGACAUUAAGUAAAAAUAACUUAAUACCUAUUAAAAACAAUUAAACCUAUAUAUGUAAUGCAUUUCUCUUUAUUUAAUAUUUAUAGUAUUCAGUAACAGUAUUAUGUUUUAUUUUAAAUUCCUUUAUUAUUUAAAUUCAUGGAUAUAGUUUUUUAUUUUUUCUCAAAAACACUUUUUGGUGAGAGAAAUGCACCAUUUGUGUGCCCAGUGGUACUUUUCUUGAAGUAUUUUAAUAUUUUCAACAAUUCAUCCCUUAGAUCCUUUUCUGGUGUUGAUCAUCAAAAUAUUUUUUCGGUUAUUUGGUACAAAUUUUCUAAAUUAUUUACACAGUAUUUUAAAAGAUGCGGAUUUUAAUUUAAUGGUACUUUAUUUGAAAUAAAUUCUAGAUUCCUACAAUUUUUCUAUAAACUGAUUAUAAUGUCGAUACAUCAGUUUUAUUUUUUUGAUUUCCGUUUUACUUUGGUUAGAAGAGAGAAAAAUACGACCAAUACUACUAAUAAUCUUUUUUUGAUAUCAAUAAUUAUCGCUGUUUUAAUAAAUUAAAUCAUUUUAUAUCCUAUAACUUUUAAACUUCUUACACACAUCAGUGGCCUUUUUUCUAUUGUGUGAAAUAUGUUCAAUUACUUUUUUUUUUUUUUAUGUUUCUUUCGAUUUUAUAUUGUUUUAUGAUAAUUUUACAGCGAUAUAUUUCACUUAUAUGUUUAUUUUUUGUGGUAUAUUAUGGUUUAUCUUUAUUUAUUAAUUAUGUAUGUGUUACUGUUGUUAUCUUAAUACUAAUAUUAUAUUAAAUCAAACAAUAGACAAACCUGGACCACCUGACGGACCACUUACAUAUGAAGAUAUAACUGCUUGUUCUGUUACACUGUCUUGGAAAGCUCCUAAAGAUAAUGGUGGUAGUGAAAUAACGUAAGUAGUUCAAUAAACUCUUUAAGUAUAUAUUUUAUUAUGUCUGGCCGUCAUAAUUUCUUACAUUUAUAUUAUUUGUUCAGAGCAUAUGUAAUUGAAAAAAGGGAUCUAACUCAUGGAGGUGGUUGGGUACCAGCUGUGACAUAUAUAAAUCCAGCAUUCACGCAUGCCACAGUUCCAAGACUUAUAGAAGGAACUAGAUAUGAAUUCCGCGUCCGAGCUGAAAAUUUACAAGGAUUAUCAGAACCUUUAACCACAGCUGAACCAAUAAUUGCCAAAAAUCAAUUUGGUGUGUAGUUUUAAUUUAAUAUUAAAUUAGAUCGGUAUUAAUAACGGGAUGAAAUACUUCGUAGAUGUUCCUGGAAAACCCGGUAAACCUGAAGCUAUUGAAGUGGACCAAGAACAUAUAAAACUUAUGUGGACACCUCCAAUGAGCAACGGUGGGUCACCAAUUGUUGGGUAUGAUAUAGAAAGAAGAGAAAGGUCUACGGCUGGUCGAUGGGCAAAAAUUACUAGAUCGCCAAUCAAGGUAUGUAUUAUGAUUUAGUUAAAUUGAAGAUGAAUAAUUAAUGACUCACCAUUUGUUAAUUUUAAUCUGUAGACUACUGAAUAUGACGAUACUCACGUUCAUGAAGGCAAACAAUACGAGUACCGUGUUAGUGCAGUUAAUGCUGCUGGUUCUAGUAAACCUAGUGAAACUUCAGAAGUAUACACGGCAAAAUUAACAAGAGAAAAACCAAAACUACAUUUAGAAGGACUAAUGGGAGGUAGAAUAAAGGUUAGAGCUGGAGAACCCAUCAACAUUAGUAUACCAAUAUCGGGAGCACCAACUCCACGUAUCGAAUGGAUUAUAAACGGCGAAAGGCCUCCAGAAACUAACAGAAUACUUGUAAGUUAUUUUUGAAAAAAAUAAUAGUUAUGAAAUAUUUCUUUUUAUACAAAUUAAUUAAUUUACAGUCUGUGACUGGAAGUAACUUGACUAAAUUGAGAGUCGAUAAUUCGACACGCAAAGAUGCUGGAAAGUAUACAAUUACUGCUUCAAAUACAUCCGGAAAAGAUUCUGCUGAUAUAUUUGUAUCAGUGGUUAGUUGUCCAAGUGCACCAAAAGGACCCUUGCAGUAUCCUGGUGCUACUCAUGAUACUGUUACGCUUGCGUGGAGACCACCCGAAGAUGAUGGUGGCAAUGAUAUAACUGGUUUGUUAUUAUUAAUUAAGAUUGCAUUGUUUAGUAUAAUCUGUAUUGACUAAUAUUAUUAAUACGCCUAUACUUAAUUUAAUAGGAUACAUCAUUGAAAUGUCGGAAUUCGGAAUGGAUAGUUGGAAAACGGUUCCUGGUUUCUGUCCAAACACUACAUUCACAGUGAAAGGUUUAAGCGAAGGAAAACGUUACGUGUUCAGAGUAAAGGCUGAAAAUAUGUACGGUGUUUCGGAACCAUUAGAAGGAAGUCCUAUAACGGCGAAGAGUCCAUUCGAUCCACCGGACGCACCAGGUCAACCCGAAGUCACCAAUUACAGCCCAAACAGUUGCAGUCUUUCUUGGACGCCACCAUCGAACACUGGAGGAAGACCGAUUACUGGUAAAAUAUUUAUACCCAAUGAAUUCUUUAUACUAUUUUUACUAAAUAAUUUUUAUAAUCGUAGGUUAUAUUGUUCAAAAAAGAGAAAGAGGUGGUGAUUGGGUGAAAUGUAAUAAUUUCCCUAUUGUCAAUACUGCAUUCACAGCUCAAGAUCUUAGAGAAGGUAACCGUUAUGAAUUCCGUGUACUUGCUGUAAACGACGCUGGUACCGGUAAACCUAGUAAACCUAGCCAUUCAGUUACGGCUAAAGAGCAAAAGAGUAAGUUAUAUUAUUUUGCUUUUGAAUUGUUUCUUUUUAUAAAAAUGUAUUUUUUACCAACAAUAGAAGUACCCGAAGCCCCCGAAGCACCGAAACCAGACAGAAUAACCAAAGACAGUGUAGUGUUGUCUUGGAGGCCACCAAGGUUUGACGGUGGUGCAAAGAUCAAAGAAUACGUUUUAGAGCAAAAAAGGAAAGGCGACUCUGAUUGGUCAGAAGUUAUAUGCCCGACUAUUUAUUCUACUUUAUGCACGGUAAAAUUAACAAUUUUUUAUUUCUAAAACUAGCGAGAUUUCAGACAAUAUACACUAUAGUAUACAUAUUUGUUAACUUAACAGGUCGGAAACUUAAGAGAAGGAGAUGAAUAUCAAUGGAGAGUAAUAGCUGUAAACGAAGCGGGAAGAUCAAAGCCUAGUCGUCCAAGUGUAAAUGUUUUGGUCGAAGAACAACCAAACAAACCAUGUUUGGAUUUAUCUGGUGUAAGAGACAUAACUGUAAAAGCUGGCGAGGACUUUUCUAUUCAUAUACCGUAUGUUGGAUUCCCGUUGCCAACUGCUACUUGGUUUAACAACGAUCAAACCAUAAAUGAAGGAGAUUCUAGAGUACACAUACAGGUAUAUUAUAAAGUAGCAACUUGUUUAAAACAAUACUAAUUUUUUAAAAAAAAUUAGAUUAUUAAUUUAUUAAUUAUUAAUUAUUAUUAAGGAUUAUUAAUUAUUAUUAUUAUUAAGGAUUAUUAAUUCAUUAUAGAAAUGCAUUUUAACGAUUAUAAUUAUUUUGAUCACAGAUGACGAGCAAUUCUGUCAGUUUAGUUAUUAAAAACUCUAAACGUACAGAUGCUGGUCAAUAUAGAUUACAACUACGCAACCAAUCUGGAUUUGAUACAGCCACGUUACACGUGCGAGUUUUGGAUAGGCCACAACCUCCAGAACAUUUGUACGCCGAUGAAUUAAACGGAGAUUCGUUGACACUAUUCUGGCACCCGCCGUCAGAUAACGGAGGUGCCCCAGUUACUAAUUAUUUAGUAGAAAAGAAAGAAUUAAAUUCAACAACGUGGCAAAAGGUUAUUAUAUUUUCCAUUUCUUUACGAAUGUGUGUAUAUUAUUUAAAACAUUUUAAAUCCCAACUAAAAUACUUGUUCGAGUAUGAUUUUCUAUAAAUUCAAUAAAAAAUAGUUCAGAUUCACACGUUUGUUUAUUUUUGCAGGUGAGCAACUAUGUCGCAUCACAACAAUGCAAAGCACGAAAUCUAAUUGUUGGAAAAACAUACCAAUUCCGUGUUAUGGCUGAAAACAAAUACGGAGUGUCUGAUCCUGCUAUCACGGUUGAUCCAAUAACUGCGAGACAUCCAUUCGGUAAUUUUAAUAUUUUAAUGCAAUAUACAUUUUAUUUGCGUAUUAUAUUUCAUUCGUCAUUUGUAAUUUUUCAUUACUAAUUAAUACAACUGUGUGUAUUAUCACAGAUGUACCCGGUGCACCAGGAAUGCCAAAGGGUAUAGAUACAUCUGAAGAUUCAAUUACAAUUACCUGGGCCAAACCUAGAAAUGAUGGUGGAUCUCCAAUUACUGGUUAUAUGAUCGAAAAACGUCUCAUUAGCGAAGAAAAGUGGACGAAAGCAUCACAUGCAAUAAUUCUUGAUACAACACUAAAGUAAAAAAGAAAAAAAAAACACCACUGAAAUAUGUGAGAUUUUAUUAUUAUAAAUUUGUAUGUAUUUUAUUUUUAGAAUACAUAAUUUAAUUGAAAAUCACGAGUACGAGUUCAGAGUUUCUGCAUUAAAUGCAGCUGGUCAGGGUCCAUGGAGUUCAUCUUCUGAUGCCAUCAGAUGUUGUGCACCUGCAUGUAAAUAUACAUUUUAAAUUAUUUAUAAAUACUUCGGGUUUUAUAACUUACAUUUUUAUUACAGCUGCUCCAAAAAUAACAAGCGAUUUAAGUAUAAGAGACAUGACUGUUAUUGCUGGUGAAGAAUUCACAAUUACCGUUCCAUUUACUGGAAGCCCAUUACCAAAACCGGUGUGGAGUAUAAACGGAGAAGAAAUUUUACCUGAUGCGAGAAUCAAAUUCGAAACAUCGAUAAAUGAGACAAUUUUCAAAAAUAAAUGCGCUAAACGUAAAACAGAUACUGGAAACUAUACCAUUCAUUUGAUUAACAACAUUGGUGCUGAUUCUGCAUCUUGUAAAGUCCUUGUUGUUGGUAAGUUUAAAAUAUUAAACAAUGAUAGUAAUAUUAAUAAUAAUUUAAUUAUUAUAUAUUAAAAUUGAUAAUUAUAUAAAAAUGUAUUUAAAGACAAACCAUUGCCACCACAAGGACCGUUAGAAGUAACAGAUUUAACGCCAGAAACCUGUUUAUUAUCUUGGAAACCACCUUUAGAUGAUGGUGGAUCGCCCAUCACAAACUACAUUAUUGAAAAAUAUGAAACUUCAUGCGGUGUACGUGAUCAAUAUUAAUAUAUUUUAAAGUAGAUAUUUUUAUUUACGUACGUAUAUGUUUUAUUUAUUUCAGUUGUGGUCGAAAUUAAGUAGUUUUGUUCGUCCGUGUCACUAUGAUGUCAUUGGUUUAGAACCUAAUAAAAAAUAUAAUUUCCGUGUCCGAGCUGAAAAUCAGUAUGGAAUAUCAGAACCUAUUGAAAUGGAUUCUGUGAUAACCGCGAAAUUCCCAUUCACAGUACCUGAUCCACCAGGUCAUCCACAAAUGUUAGAAUGGGACGAAAUAAAGGCGACAUUGAUUUGGGAAAGACCUGUACACGAUGGAGGUGCGAAAAUACAAGGAUACAAAAUUGAAUUCAAGGAUAUCACUGAAGGCGGAAAUUGGCGCACGGCUAAUGAUUAUCUCGUAAAAGAACCGCUUUUCGUUAUUCACAAUUUGUUGAAUGAACACGAUUACGAAUUCCGCGUGUUAGCGAAGAACGCGGCAGGUUUCAGUAAACCUUCAAUACCCACACCUAACUUCCGGUUGAAGGGUAAAGCCAAAGCUCCGUCCAAGCCCGGCACUCCGAUCGUCCUUAAAGUUGGUAGGACGUACGCUGAUUUGAAAUGGGAACCACCCGUUUCUGACGGUGGUAGCAAAAUAACUGGAUAUUCGAUUGAAAAGAGACAAGUAGGAAAUGCGGUCUGGGUGAAAUGCAACGAUUACUCUGUAUUUGAUUGUAAAUUCACCGCUAUGAAUUUGGUCGAGGGUGCCGACUAUGAGUUCAGAGUAUUUGCUUUGAAUAUAGUCGGUAAAAGUGAACCCAGCUCGUGUACCACACCCGUGAAGAUAUGCGAGUUUGAGGGUGGAGAAAAACCAGAAUUCAUUGUACCUCUCACUAACAAAGUGGUUCAAUUCGGUAAAACGAUCACGUUACGCUGCGAAGCUGUAGGAAAACCUAUGCCGAACGCUAAGUGGUUAAAGAAUGGACGUGAAAUCGUAUCAGGUGGACGGUACAAAUGUGAAUCGUCAAACGGCGUUUUCCAAUUACAUUUCCCCGAAGUAUCAGAAUUGGACGAUGGCGAUUACACUUGUGAGUCAUACAAUGCUGUUGGAUUCGUCACAACGUCAUCACGAGUUAAAAUUGGACGUAAGUACAGUUUUAUGAACGGCAAUAAUAUAAAUGCUAAAUAAAAUAAUUAAUUAAUUAUAAAAACGUAAUUUAUCAAUAAUUGUACUUUUGAUUAAUUCAGAUCCACCCAAAAUUGAACGGAUGCCAAAUGAAAUUAACAUUCCCGAGGGAGAAAAUAGUAAAAUUAAGAUAUUCUAUAGCGGCGAUCCAUUAGAAAGCGUUACUUUAGAAAGGCAUGGAGUAUCCAUUCCUCAAAGCGAACACUUUAAAUUUACUAUAUUUGAUGACUACGUAAUCAUAUUUUUGAAAGAAGCAAAAAAGAGUGAUGCUUCUGAUUAUACAGUUACCCUUACGAACCUGAGUGGUAAUGUUUCAGGAUCGUUCACCAUAAACAUAUCAGGUAAUUAAUUCUAAAAAAAAAAAAGAAACAAAAAAAUUAACUAAGCUCAUUUUUGUUUUUAAAUCGAUACAGGUUACCCCGGACCACCGAUUGGACCGUUAGCCGUUUCUGAAAUAACCAAACAUACUUGUGCACUUUCAUGGAAUCCACCGAAAUAUGACGGAGGUCUUAAGAUUACUCAUUACAUCGUGGAACGAAAAGAUAUCAAUUCCAACCAUUGGAUUUGUAUUUCAACUACGUGCAAGGAUACGAAUUUCCUUGUUCAAGGUCUAACUGAAGGAAACGAAUAUGUUUUCAGAAUUAUUGCCGUCAACGACAACGGACUCAGUCCACCGUUGGAAGGAAUUAAUCCGAUCAAGGCUAAACCACCUUAUGGUAACAAAAAUUGUUUUAAAUCAGUAUAAAAAUAAUAAAUAGCAUAUAUUAGAAUAUUAAAUUAUAUAAUAUUAUAGAUAAACCAUCGCCACCUGGAAUUCCUAACGUUACUGAAAUCGGCGGAGACUUCGUGAACUUAAGCUGGGAGAAACCAAUUGACGACGGAGGAUCUAGAAUUCAAGGAUAUUUAAUCGAUAAACGGGAAAUCGACUCAGACACGUGGCAGCGAGUGAAUGCCGCCAUUUGCGUUACCACGCAAAUUAACAUUUCCAAUCUCAUCGAAGGUCGCCAAUAUGUAUUCCGAGUUUUUGCUCAAAACGAAGCUGGUUUGAGUUUACCAAGCCAAGCGUCAAAUACAAUUACCAUAAAAGAUCCAUUAAGUAAUUUUUUUUGUUUUUUAUUUGUACAUGAUAUAAUAAAUACAAUUUAUUUGUUUAUAGCUGCUCAACCUCCUGAAAUAGUCAAACCUCUUCAUAAAGUCCAAGCCAUUCAAAAUCAAAACGCUCAAUUCCAGUGUGUUAUUACCGGCGUGCCUAAACCCACUAUUACUUGGUUGGCAUUUCUAAAAUAAUAAUAAUAAUAAUAAUGCCAAAUUUUCCUAUGUAACUGUAAAAUGUACCAAUUUGUGUUAUUUAGGUACAAGGGAGCUCGAGAAAUCACACCUAGUGCAAGACAUCAUAUGUUCUAUGAAGGAGAUUCGUACACUCUAAUUAUAAACGGUGUAUACGGUGCAGAUUCGGACGAAUAUGUAUGUAGAGCCAGUAAUAAGGGUGGUAUCAAGUCGACUCGAGGAGAACUUCUCAUAAUGAGUAUGUUUUUAUUAGUCGUAUGUUUGUUAAUGGUUAUCAUAUUUAAUCUCUUAAUAUUUUUAGCACCGCCAAAAUUGAACGUACCACCUCGAUUCAGAGAUACGGCUUUCUUCGACAAAGGAGAAAACGUUGUUAUUAAAAUUCCAUUUACUGGUUUCCCUAAGCCGAAAAUUAAAUGGUACCGUGAAAACGAAGUCAUCGAGUCUGGAAGUCAUUUUGCAGUAGAAGUCUCUGUACGUUCAUUUUAUUUUUUUUAUAUAGUUAAAACAUUAAACAUUUCUAAUCAGUAUUUAUUAUAAUGAGUAUUGAAUAUACAUAAUAUCAUAUUUUAAAGGAGAGACAUGCUAUUCUAACGAUAAGAGAUGUUAGUAAGUAUGACAGUUCUCCAUACCGAGUGUUGGCAGAAAACGAUUUGGGAGUGGAUAGCGCCAUAAUCAAAAUUCAAAUCAGUGGUAUGAACGUGAAUUCAACCGAUUUAUUGAUUGUGCACAUUAAUUAGUUAUUUAAUCUACUUUAUUUGUGUGUUCAAAGAUCAUCCUGAUCCGCCGUUUAGUUUAUCCAUUGAAGACAUUGGUCAAGAUUCUCUACUACUGAGCUGGAAUGCACCUACGUGGGAUGGUGGAUCGAAUAUUACCAAUUAUCUCGUUGAAAAGAGAGAAAUACCCAUGAGCAGUUGGAUUCGCGUUGGCAAUACUAGGUAUUAAAUAAAAUGAUAUAUAAUUAUUACAAAUUAUUAUUUAAUUGAACUAUCGCUGACAAUGGUUAUGAACUAUUCAAUCGUCUAUACAUUUUUAUUUCUAUGUAAAGGUUCACCUCAACAGCUGUAACCGGUUUAAGUCCAGGACACGAAUAUGAGUUUAGGGUAUACGCUGAAAAUGUUUACGGUAGAAGUAAACCAAGUGAAGUAUCGCCUAUCGUCAAAACUAAAGAGCUGCUGAAAAAACCAGCAAAAACAAAGCGUUACGAAGGUAAAUUUAAUUAUUUUUCAGCUGUUAAAAUAUAAAUUAUGUUAAUACAUUACUAUAAUAAUUGAUGCAGUUGACGCGACCGGUAAAAAAAUAAGAGGUACAGCAGACGGGAAUAUUAAGGAUUACGAUCAAUACGGUAAGACAGAAAUGAUCGAACUGUUCAAAAUCUGAAUUGUUAUUUAUAGUAUAAUUUUAAUGGAUUACAGUUUUUGACAUUUAUUCAAAAUAUAUCCCUCAACCGGUGGAUAUUAAAUCGCAAUCCGUAUACGACUUCUACGACAUAUUGGAAGAAAUCGGAACCGGUGCAUUUGGAGUAGUACAUCGCUGCCGGGAACGUAAAACGGGCAACAUUUUUGCUGCCAAGUUCAUACCUGUAGCACAUAAUGUCGAAAAAGAAUUAAUCAGAAAAGAAAUUGACAUAAUGAAUCAACUUCACCAUCCAAAACUCAUAAACUUGCACGACGCAUUUGAAGACGAAGACGAAAUGGUUUUAAUAUUCGAAUUGUACGUGUUCAUAAUACUCGUAACAUUAAGUUUUAAUAAUAAUAAAAAUAAUCAAUUUUGUGAUUUGUUUUAGUUUGUCUGGAGGAGAGUUAUUCGAACGAAUCACGUCGGAAGGAUAUUCGAUGUCCGAAGCGGAAGUGAUCAACUAUAUGCGGCAGAUAUGCGAAGCCAUUAAACAUAUGCACGAAAGAAAUAUCAUCCAUUUGGACAUUAAGCCAGAAAAUAUUAUGUGCCAGACGAAGAAGAGUUCAAAUGUAAAACUCAUUGACUUCGGCCUAGCGACAAAGUUAGAUCCUAACGAGAUUGUUAAAAUAUCGACGGGAACUGCCGAAUUCGCUGCUCCAGAAAUAGUCGAAAGAGAACCGGUCGGUUUUUACACAGACAUGUGGGCUGUUGGUGUUCUAGCCUAUGUCCUGUAAGUAUUUUUUUGGUUCUACGAAUCUUUUCUUCUGCCAUCUGAUUGGAAUACUUUCAUGAAAAUGUGUAUCACAAAAAUAAUAUUAUUUUUUUAUAAGCUUGAGCGGAUUGUCACCGUUUGCCGGUGAGAACGAUGUUGAAACUCUCAAAAACGUAAAGGCCUGUGACUGGGACUUUGACGAAGAUACAUUCGCGAUUGUCUCGGACGAAGGCAAAGAUUUUAUCAGACGACUUUUAAUCAAAAACAAAGAGUGAGCAACCAUUUUUGUUUUCACACAUACUUAAAUAACGUCAAAUGUCGUGUCUUGUUUUAGAAAACGAAUGACCGCCCAUGAAUGUUUAUUGCAUUCGUGGCUGAUGGGAGACCAUUCCGAUCGUACGGCAGCUCUUAACUCUUCCAACUACAUCAAGAUAAGAGAUCAAAUACGUAAGAAAUACAGUGAUUGGGAUUCAUUUGCCGUACCAAUCGGAAGAAUAUCGGAAUACAGUGCUCUCAGAAAACUCAUGGUGGAAAAAUACAAAAUAUACGAGAGUUCGUUCGGUAAGAGUUUCGGAUAUUAAAAAUAAAGGUUUAAUGUGUUUUCGAUAUUUUAUACGAUUUUAUGUUUUAUUUCCGGUUAACCUUAAAGAUCGCCGACAAGCGGCACCCCGAUUCGUUAUCAGACCCCAAAGCGCGUUCUGUUACGAAGGACAAAGCGUUAAAUUCUACUGCCGAGUUAUUGCGGUGGCACAACCGACGCUGUCGUGGUUCCACAAUAAUGAAGAGCUGAGACAAAGUGUCAAGUACAUGAAACGGUACGCCGGCGACGAUUACACGUUCAUCAUCAACAGGUCUAAACUGGAUGACAGAGGAGAAUACAUAAUACGAGCGGAAAAUACGUACGGCUACAGGGAAGAAGUCGUAUUCCUCAAUGUACAACGUGCGUAUUCAAUUUUUUAAAAAUAUCUUUUUUUUUAGUGUGUUGCAAUAUUUUAUCAUUACAUGACAAUUUUCUGAGGUCAAAAAUGAAAUAGGAGAAUUAAAUAAGAAAAAAAAUUCACAGUACUCGCGUUUAAUGUGAAUAGUUAGUUUUUAUCGUAUUUCCCCAAAAAAUAUAGACUAUUUAAUUGUAUUGUGUCUGUUAGAAAUGUAUAGAAAUAUAUCUUUUCCCUCAUUUUUAAACACUUUUAGAGGCAUUUUCUGAAUCGAAUGACUUCAAAAUCGGGAGUUAGAGUUGUUUGGUAGAUGAAUUUAAGUGAUAAAAGCGGGGUUGAACUUCACUAUGUUCUCGUGGGAGGAAAAUUAUUUUGUUAGGUUUGAAUAUUUUUACACAGUCCUCGAAUAAAGGGUAUUCCAUUUUAUAUAUUAUGUCUAGCGUUAAUAUCAAGUAUAUGCCUUUUUAAGGUUUCAACUACAAGUUCAUUGCAUCUACCAUUUUUAUGCUAAAUUUUCAUAAUUUUUUUGGAAUUUGUAUGAUUUUAGUAUUGUAUAGUAUUAUAUUCGUAUAACAUUAUUGUAUUACUUAUAAUAUAGCAUUGUUAAUUGAUUUAAAAACAAAUAUUUGUUUAAUACAAAAUAGAUGGGGAGAAGGGUAUUUGACUCAAGUGACAAAGCUACUGCUCUGCUACUCACGGGGAUUUUGUAUUGUUUUUUAUUAUUGAAAAUAAAUUGAACGCUUAUUGUUUUCGCUUUCCAACAGCAUUGCCAGUAGCUCCGCCGGUAUACAGACACGAAGUACAACAGGUGAGAAGACGAGAACCACUGGCCAACACGUAUUAUAUCGAGGAAAAAGAGAGCGCACCCAACUUUACGUUCUUGUUGCGGCCUCGUGUCAUACAAAUACACCAGACCUGCAAGCUGCUGUGUUGUCUGAGCGGUACACCGAUACCAACCGUAAGCAUCCUGGUUUUUUUCCCCCGGCUUUUUUUUUUUGCGACUUUAUGACUUAACCGCCUUAUUUCCCGUGUCCGAUCCACAACAGGUACAGUGGUUCCGAGGCACCAAAGAACUGUCGAAACGCGAUUUCACCAUUACCCACACGGACGGCGUGAUCACGUUGGAAAUUCUCGACUGCAAACCCGAGGACUCGGGCAAAUACCGCUGCGUCGCCACCAACGUGCAUGGCACCGACGAAACCAGCUGUGUGGUCAUCGUGGAAGGUAAUUUGAUUUUGCACUAACAACGAAAACGUGUACACAACAUAUAUAUGUAUAUAAUAGUUAUGUAUAAUACUUUACUACAGUGACUUUUUUUACUUUCUUAUAUAUUAUAGGUUACGGUAAUUCGUUUCGUGUAGGAUAAUAUGUUAAAAAUUGAACGCGUUAUUUUAACAUUCAUUUUAGAAUGAAUUGUAAUUUGUCCAUAUUUCGUGCAUUUUUAGUUAAUGCACCUUUCGAAUACGCCGUGUAAUAGAAUUUCAGUCAACUUAACCAAUAGUAUAGAUUUCCUGAAUCCAAUGUCAAUAAAGUUAAUUCACUGAAAUGUGAAUAUAAACGGUAUCUACUGUAAAAUAUAUAUAUAUAUAUAAAUUGUUAUCAGAUUAGACAGGACCAAUAACUAAUGUAUACAAAGAUAUCUGUUUAUUUAUAGUGUAUAGUUAUUAAUUACAUAUGCAUAUUAAAUGUAAUAUGCUUAAUAAUUUUUGAACAGUUUCUUAUAAAAAUGAAAUAGGCGCAAUGGGCGAUAACGCACAAUUUUUCUAGCGAUUAAUGUUUGAUCACUCUAAUUAUUAGCUAUCGAAUACUAAAAUGCACGAUUGAAUAACGUUAUUUUUAUUGUUAUUUGAAUAAUACCACCGCUGACUUCUACUCUUUACAACACGAGUCAACUCUAACUUUUUUAAAAUUUGUUUCGGAUGUUUUUAAAACAAAAUAAUAAACUUAUUUAAAUCUUUUAACCCAUUAAAAGCUAUAAUUUGAUUUUAUCAUUUUAGGUAAUAAAUAAAUGUGUCAUGUUUAUACUUAAUUUUUUUUUACUUUUUGAAAAAAAUAUAACUUUAAAUACUGGUAUUUACCAAUAUCAGAACCGAAACUUUAAUUCUGUAAUUUUUAGAACCGGAACCUACCGACAUUUUUUUUAUUUUUUGAAAAGAACCAAAUUAAAACCAUAAUCUAAAAAAUCAUAAAGGAUUCAAGCCAUGAUUCAUGUGCUCUGUUUUGAUGUUUGAGUGAAAAAAUUCCGGAAGUGGGUAACGAAAAUACUUAUUGACGGAAGUAUAGUUGAUAUAUAGAUAUGAUAUGUGAACACUAGACAUAAAAUGUAGGGACCUUGCAAGUGGUAGAUCCAGAGACAACGAUCCACGACAACUUUGAUUGUUUUCUUGUUGUACAUUACAGCUCAAUAUUAACAAAUAUUUCAUUGAUUAGUUAAUAAGCAUUAUUAAACAAUAUUAUUCCGAUUGCCAUUAGACAUUAUUUAUAAACUUGGGAUCACAUAAAACAGCAGAUCUAAAAUACUUUAUUAGUCUAAGAUAUUCUAACCGUGUACGAGCUUUUAUUAAUUAUUAAUAUAUAUAUAUAUAUUUAUAUUACCAUUAAUAUAACCAUUGUGGUUUAUUGUACAGUUUAAUAUGUACAUUAUGAGACGUACUAAAAUAGUGUUUUAACCGUAGGCACAGCAAACUAUAUAGCUAACUUGUUGUACAGCGAGAUAGGUACUGAACAUCGACGUCAACUGCCAUGUGCUAGUGGUCAAUUUUUACAUUUCUCAAUCGCAAUUGUUAUCAUUCGUUAUCAUUUCAUCACACGUGUUUCAUGUUUGAUCACUGUAUAUUAAGAUCUAGGUGUUUUUUACUCCCUUUUCGUUCUUUUAUUUAUUUUCUGUAUUAUGAUUUAAGGCCAUGUUGUUGUGUGUUUGAAUUAUUUCAUAAUAGAUACCUAUGCAAUUCCUUCCGUUCCAUUUUUUUCUCCGUAGACUCCUAAAAAUCCGUGUACCUAUUAAAUAUUUCAUUGUUAAAGUAAUCAAUCAGGAAACUACGAAUACCAAAGUAUCCUACUUAACUUCACUAAUCCACCAAUGAGCCAGGCCAAAAUAAAUAACAAUCACAAUACAAGGCAGUAUAUUAUUAUCAAGAUGUUUUGAUAAGACAAUUAUGUAAACAUUGAACUCCACGAGUAUGGCGACUGGUGUCGUGUGAAAACGUCAGUUAACUAUCUAGUAUUCUAUAUCUAUGGUUUUAGCUACUUAAUGCUGUAUGCAUACGAUACUAUUGAAUGCAUAUUCAUAUGAUUUUCUUAUCAUAGUUAGCUUUUUUUCUUGCUGUAUAACGUUAUUUUUCUGUUACUAACACGUAUUCAAUAAAAUCUAAAAUAUAUAUACGCCAUAAGAUAUAUUAUAUCUUAUGAUUUAACCGUAUUACAUGUAGCUCAUUUAUUUCGUACGUAUUCGCCUGUAUUGUUUUUCUUGUUUCGAAAUACACAUUUAUUUUCGUCGUAUGAAACAAAACUACAUUCAUCGACGACAAAUGAACCAAACGAUCUUCCGCUUAUGUACCUAUCUAUUUAAUAUACAUCUAUUAGCUGUUCAUCUAAUACACUUCUAUUCUACUGUUAUUUUAAUAGGUAUUGAGCAAACUCAGGAGCAGGCAGAAUUAUCGCAUAAUUUGCUUCAUUCAGGAGGUACAGUAUAUAAUACAGAGUGUUCCGUUUAGACGCACUGCAAUCGUUUCCUCCAAUCAGUUUUGAGUUUUAAAAUUAAAUUUAAAUUGUCAAUAACGAUAGACAGAGAGAUGCUAUUUGUCUUCCAUCUUGGUAUACCAAGUGAUUCUCUGGGUCGUACAUUCGGAUAUUGAACAGUUAAUAGUUUAUUGUUCAAAGGUACGAUGUGUGGGGAAAAAAGUAAAAAAAAGUACAAUUCAUUUAGAAAAACUUUGUGCUGAGUAAAAAUUAACCAACACGAAAACUGAAUGAGAAGACGUGUGUAGAUCGUUAAAUGGAAACGCUCUGUACACAAUAUCUUAACAGUAAUCGACCAAAAAACCUAACUCCACGUGACGAGAAAAUUUUGGGAAGAUUUUAGUUUUAAAAUCGAAAAAUACAUGGAUCAGCAAAUAUGUACGGUAACAUUUUUUUUCCGUGUCCCUUUUCUAUAGAUCGCAGGUACACCGAAAAACACAACAGACCCGCCCCGACGGUCAUCACUACCCGAACAGCAAUAACUUCCAAUGUGCACGGUAGUAGCUCCGUGACGUCAAAUAAAUUGGUCACCACUAAUUCGUCCACGAAGAUCAGCGACACGGUAAAAGUCUAUCCAUUUUAACCACUUGUUAGUACAUACAUAUUAAUUGAUAAUCCGUUUCCGUAUUAUAUUGUUUUCUAUAGACUAUUAGCUCGACCGAUAGGAAGUCCAGUGUGAAAAAAUACGGUAACAAACUCAAUGCGGCCGGAAGUCCGUCAAGAUCUCGUAGUUCAACCAAAGAACUGAGACGUAAUUCUUAUUAUAGUUUAUCCGAUUGCGAAAUUUUAAUUCCAUAUACUUUUGUUCAGUGUCACCGGACGAAGCCAUGUGUCCGCCAGAUUUCUCCGCUCGGUUAACCGACACCACAGUCAACGAUGGUCAGCCGUUAGAGCUCGUCUGCAAAGUAACUGGAGACCCGGAGCCACAGAUUACUUGGCUGAGGAACGGGAAGGUAUAGAUUAUAAAUAAACGACGAAAACUCAAGUAUUUAAAAAAAGAAUAAAAACAAUUUACAUUUAGAACCUUAGGAUGUCAAUGCGUUUUGCAUUUUGCUAGUGUAUUGUGUAUGGAGGGGUGAUAUAGGGAGAAGAUGAUAUAUUUAGAUAGGUAUUUAAACAUAUAGUUUUACGUGUAAGUUUCGAAUAAUAUUGGUUAAAAAUGUUUUAAAUGUUACUAAUAUUUGUAAAUAAGUAUCUACAGAUACAGAUACAAAAUAUAUAUCUUCUUUAUCUACAAUUCAUCACUUAUAAUUUAUCGGGAAUUCUCUUGAUUUACGGCAAAAAAAAAAAAAGUAUAUAAAUAUUAUUUUACCAGCACUAUUAAUAAUAUAAUUAGUAAUGAAAAUAAUAAAUUACUCUUGAGGUGAAAUAUAUAAGUACCAAAUUAUUUUAUUAAAAAUGAUCGCGGAUCUUUACAGGCAAUCAGUUCGUCCAAUGUGUUGGAUUUGAAAUACAGAAAUCGAGUAGCGAUGUUAAAAAUUAGCGAAGUUUUCCCUGAAGACGCCGGAGAAUAUAUCUGCAAAGCUACCAACUCGCUGGGAACCAAAGAAACGGCUUGUAAACUUACCGUCAAAGGUAAUGAUGUUUUAAUUGUUUGUUUUUACAUAAAUAAUUACUUGAUACGAUACGCAUAACUAAUGAAUACAUGACAUAAUAAUAUUACUGUCGACAUUAAAACGUUAAUAUUCUUAUGGCAAUAAUUGUUCACUGGGAGUUUUCGUAAAUUUACAGCUGUAGACGUGUCCACUAAAAAAAGCAAAAAUGACUUGCCACCGGUAAUUGCCAGCCACCUGACAUCAGCUACGGUGACCGACGGCGAAGCCGUGACUCUUCAGUGUCAAAUUAUCGGUAAAUACCGUGGAUUCAAUAUAUCUAUAAUCAAUAUGAUAUGAGUUUAACAAAUCAUUUUUGUAUUAUUAUUAUUAUCUUUUGUUCCGCAGGAGCCAAUAAAUUCGACGUGGUGUGGCUUCACAACCACAAAGAAAUAAAACCCAGCAAAGAUUUCGAAUACGCUAACGUGGCCAACGUUUACACACUGAAAAUAGCCGAAAUUUUCCCCGAAGACUCGGGAACGUACACUUGUGAGGCGUUUAACGACGCUGGCGAAGCGUUCAGUAGUUGUUCAAUCUUCGUUCUUGGUGAGUAAAAAAAAAAAAAAAAACAACCCAAUGCCGAUUGCAAAUCGAAUACCCUAAUGUGAUAUUAUAUUGUCCGUAUAGGUUCCAACGAAAAGCCCAAAGCCAUGACGUUCCAAAAUUUCCCCAAGUCGGUUACCGUGCAAGAAAAAGAGAGCGUCGAAAUAGAAUGCGAAAUCAUCGGAAGUCCGAAAAAUGGUAAAACACAACAAUAUAGUACUGAUACUGAUUCAUUUUUAUAAAACCGUGAAAAAAAAAAUAGGCAGAUAUUUAGAUAACUAGAGUUAUAAUAGAGCCGAGUUAAAUGUAUAAAGGUUAAUUGGUCUAUUUCAAAUCUAAAUCAUUAAUGAUUAAAUCGUUACAAAUCAUUCAAUAGCAUGUACAUCGCGAGUCCUCCAGCCAUAUACAUAUACAUUGUGUUAGCCUAAAAACGCCUAUUUGCAUAUUAUAUUUUUAUUUUGUUAAAUAUAUAUUUUAAUAAUUUAACUUAAUAAAUAAAAUAAAACUAUAGGCAUUUAUAAUUUACCAUAAGCACUUGUAUUAUUAAAAUAAAAUCAAUCGCGAUCACGAUAUCAUAAUAUACCUAGGUAUGAAUCUAAAAUUUUUCUGAUAACAAUAUUAUUAUUUGUUAAUUGUCCGAUAGCAGCAUAAAAUGUAAAAAAAAAAAAAUUUUUUUUUAAAUUGUACGCUGACGUGGUCGUCGUUUUACCGUGCCUGUUACAGUAACUUGGUACAAAGACACGGUCGCGAUUGAAGAGGAUUCUAGCGUUUAUCAAUUCAUGCAAAGUGGCAAUAAGUACAAAAUGAAAAUUCUCAGAGCCGGCCACGACGACAUUGGUCAGUACGUAGUCGAAGCGAAAGACUCUAACGGAAUCCAAGUCACAGCUGCGUUUUCGGUCAAUUUGUCAUUCUUAUCUGAAUAA